AUGUUACAGAUGACUCCACCUGCUUGUGCCCCUGUAGUCCUUUUAUCACUGGGAGAUCUUCCUGUCACAGCUGUAGUAGGUGACACUGUGACACUAUAGAAGCAUGGUAGAGUUGCAUAAACACAUUAUUAAAGGAACACUAUGCCGUUAGGAAUACAUAUUUGUAUUCCUAUAGAGCGUUUAGAAGACUAGGCCCCCAUUCCGGGGGACAAAUAAAUCCAGAACCAGGCUCCCUCGGCACUGGUGACCUCUCCUCCUCCAUUGACGACAGCUUCCGAGUGGAUCCGAAUGAGCGUGCAUUCAAACCGGCCCAUAGGAAAGCAUUACUCAAUGGGGAUCGUUUUUUACGGUGGACUCCGUGAGGAUGUCAAAUAAGUGUGAUUUACUCUGUGUAAAUCGCGGAAGCGGUCUCUAGUGGCUGUCAGGGAGACAGCCAUUAGAGGCUGGAUUAACCCUGCAGUGUAAACAUAGCAGUUUCUCUGAAACUGUUUUCAGCUGCAGGGUUAAAACUAGGAGGAAUGUGGCACCCAAACAACUUAAUUGAGCUAAAGUGGUCUGGGUGCCUUUAGUGGUCCUUUAAGGGUGGUUACCCAUGAGAAAGUAGCAAUACAAAGAAAAAAAUAUUUUAUAUCUUCAUGUGUCAACACUGAAGAAAUGACACUCUGCUACACCGUGUACAUUUGCUGUCCCCUCAGAAUAACUCCACACACAGCCAUUAAUCUCUAAACCAUUGGCAACAAAAGUGAGUACACCCCUAAGUGGAAAUGACCAAAUUGGGCCCAAAGUGUCAAUAUUUUGUGUGGCCACCAUUGUUUUCCAGCACUGCCUUAACCCUCAUGGGCAUGGAGUUCACCAGAGCUUCACAGGUUGCCACUGGAGUCCUCUUCCAUUCCUCCAUGACGUCAUCACGGAGCUGGUGCAUGUUAGAGACCUUGCGCUCUCCCACCUUCCGUUUGAGGAUGCCACACAGAUGCUAGGUCUGGAGACAUACUUGGCCCGUCCAUCACCUUUACCUUCAGCUUCUUUAGCAAGGCAGUGGUAGUCUUGGAGGAGUGUUUGGGGUCGUUAUCAUGUUGGAAUACUGCCCUGCGGCCCAGUCUCCUAAGGGAGGGGAUCAUGCUUUGCUUCAGUAUGUCACAGUACAUGUUGGUAUUCAUGGUUCCCUCAAUAAACUGUAGCUCCCCAGUGCCGGCAGCACUAAUGAAUGCCAACAUGUACUGUGACAUACUGAAGCAGAGCAAGUUGCUGGGAUUGUGUACCGAAACAUCUGCACAGAAUAUGGAUUUGACCUGCCUAAGUCCAGAUGGGAGAUACCACAAAGGGUAGUUGAGAAUGACCGGGCUAAGAUCCUGUGGAACUUCAAGAUCCAGACAGACAAGCGAGUGCUGGCUAACCAACCCGACAUCGUGGUGGUAGACAAGGAACAAAAGACUGCAAUCGUGGUGGAUGUGGCAAUACCCAGUGACUAUAAAAUCAGGAAAAAGGAACAGGAAAUGUGGAGAAAUACAAAGUACUGAAAGAAGAACUAAGUCCCAGUUGUGAUAGGAGCACUAUGGUCUAUGACUCCCAAGUUGGGGGAGUGGCUUCAACAGAUUCCAGGUGGGACAUCUAAGAUUGCUGUUCAGAAGAGUGCAGUUCUAGGAACAGUUAAGAUACUGCGUAGAAAUCCCAGCCGUAUUAUGUGUGUAUGUAAACAGUUGAAAUCUCAGUCAAAAACAAAGUAUUACAUGUGAUUUGGCGAUAUUAAGUUGGCUUAUAUGGAUACUAUAGUGCCAAAAAAUGCAAAGCUGACUUCCUGGCACUAUAGCUCCCUCUGCCUCCCUCUUCCCUUCUGCCCCCACCACCCCUUGCCAUGGUGAAUAAAGGGUUAAAAAUCUUUAUUUACUUACCUGAACCCAGAAGCGACUCCUCCAUCACUCAAUGAGUGGGUACUAAUGCGCAUGCGCAGCAGGUGCCGUGCAUGCAUUAGGCUCUCAUCAUAGAAAAGCAUUGAAGCAAUGCUUUCCUAUGAGGAAAUAGCUGACGCUGAAUGUCCUUAGUGCAGUGCGUGAGGAUGUCCAGCAUCAGUGAAUCAACAGUCCGGUAACAUUCCGGAAGCACCUCUAGUGACUAUCUUAGUGCUGUAAUGUAAACCUUGCAGUUUUCUCUAAAACUGCAAUGUGUAACAUUGUAGCACUAAGUGCUAUAGUGACACUGCACCCAGACCACUUCAAUGAGCUGAAGUGGUCUGGGUGCCUCUAGUGUCUCUUUAAUAAAACGUUUUCCCAGUGACGAGGGACUUUUUACCCACUUUGGCCACAUUGAUGGAUAAUUAACACUUGUGUACUGGCACAGUUUAUUAUAUGUUUUCCAUGAUUUUUGCACUAAAUAAUUGUAUUUAAUGUCUCAAUAAUGCAACAGAUUAUCAAUCUUCCACUUUUGAAGCUGAAACCUACACUUUUGAUUAUCAAAAUAAUGCCAGAAUCUAAUAGCCCACCAAUGCAGUUUGUGCUCUGGUCAUGACUGGUCUGAACAGGAUUGCGAUGGGAGGGCCUAGGCACCAUAAUAAAUAUAUUGUUCCACUUCUUCAAAAAUAUCUCAAAAUAUUCACUACUAGUAAAUGACAGUCUCAAAGAACUUGGGUGACAUAUUCCUUAUCUAUGUAUAUUAUUACUCUGAUUUAUAUUUAGAACUGUUAAGUAAUAGCAAUCUAGUUAAAGGGACAUGCAGCACUUUAAAAAGACUCAUUCAAGAAAAUUUUAGAUUUAGCUUGAAUGAGACAGUUGCCUCACUUUGCAGGCUGAUUGUGUUUUUUUUUGUUUUGUUUUUUCCAUAUUUACUUGCUUCAUCUGUUGGUGUUUUUAGAAAAAGAAGAAAAACAAACACACCUUGGACACAACUGGGUAAUCCACAAAUCGUGGACUGGUAAGGGUGCAGUGAGGGCUUGUUUGGGAAUCACUGCUCUAACCAAUCAGUGUCCUUUCCCUAGGAAUGAUGGGAAAGUGUAAUGGUCAUAUCUGGCAGAUUUACACUUGCAAGGUGAAGAUGUCGUGACGGGGGAGGGAGUCUGAUCAGUGUAAUCAUGAUGGCGAGUAAUUUUGGUUUUUACACACCAAAAUAAAACAAGAAUAAUAUUGUAAAGUAUGCAAUAAAAUGGGUUUGGGUGCAGAUGGAAAGGGCUGCUUUUAAAGGGACAGCCUUCUGUAGUUAUGUCAUGAAUCCCCUGAUGCUGCCAAGCAAUAAGGAGUCAAGUAAUGUGGAAUUAUUUCUUUAACUGUUAUUUAUAUAUUGAGGUUCCUGUUACUUUCAUUUUAUAAUUCUCCAUUGUCUUUGCAACCUGUCUUUCUGGUCGUCAUGCUCCUAAUUUCAUGCACUUGGAAAUCACUGACAAGUCAGGAGUUAUUUAAGCAGGAGUUUUUUAGGUCACUUCUAAGCUCUAAGAGCUUGUUCCUGUCUUGCUCUUUGAAGGAGUCUAUGGUGGUUAUGGUGUUGGCUGGAGUGCUUGGAGCCCUCAGGAAGCGCUAAGAGCAUCCUUCAACGGAGGUACCCAGUCGGGGUGUCAGGUGAUCUGUUACAAAUCCAAUCACUUUUUAAGGUCUAAUGGUAAAGUUCAGAGCCCUAGAUAUAAUACAACAUGGUCUUUAACCCCUUAAGGACACGACAUGUGUGACAUGUCAUGAUUCCCUUUUAUUCCAGAAGUUUGGUCCUUAAGGGGUUAAAUUUGUAAGCAAGCCUUGACGUUCUAUACAAUCAUUUAAGUAGCCUACUGCAUCAAAGAAGGGAAGAUUGAACUACUAGUUGUUGGUCAUUUUAAUUGUACUUUUAGUACCCUUUAGCAAUCAAACAAUCCUCAUCUGACAAUUAUGCAAAUAUCUGACAGUAUAAAUAUGAAAACAUGUAACGUAGUUCAUGGUAAACUUUAAGGGUUUUCAUACCAUGCCAAAAAUGACUACUUUGCAGAGAAACACAUCGCAACGUGGUAAUCAAAGGUUUAGAGGUUGCCCAAUGUUGUUUACACUGAUAAAAAUGGCAGAUAAGAUGCAUCAGUACAUGCUUAGGGUGAUUAUCAUGAUUAAAGGGACACUGUAGGCACCAGCAUAACUACAGCUUAAUGUAGUUGUUCUGAUGAGUAUUGUCAGUCUCUGCAUUCAUUUUAAUGUUAACACUGUCUUUUCAGAGAAAAGGCAGCGUUUAAGUUGCUGUCUAGGGACACCUCCAGUAGCAGUCACUCAGACGAUCACUAGAGGUGCUUCCUGGGUCAGUACAUUCUGGGUCAGUAUUAUCCUAGUCGUUAUGGAGGUUCAAAGAACCUUCAGCCCUAAGUUUGUUUGGAUGCUACAGUUUCCGCUCUAACUUUUGCAUUAAUUGGCUCACUGGAUAACACAGAAUGGCAAAUUAUUAGUAUCAGCAGAAAGUGGAGUUCAAGGAGAAAUAAUAAAUGCUUUUAACAAGAUUAAUCCAGAAGGGGCAUCAUUGAAAUAUGUAGAGCGGUGAAGUUUUUUUUUCAGGUUUAUUGCUAUUCUUUUUACAGUGUCAACAUAUCUUAGAGGGCUUUACAUUUCUAAAAAGUUAUUCGUAUGAUAGCGUGAAAGUGGAGGAAAGACACCUUUCAUUACAUCUUUUAGAUGGCAAUGUAUGCUUUAGUGGAUUGCAUGGAUUUGUCAGUAUCCGUUGAACGGUUGUUUGCUUUGCAACUAGCACACAUUGAAUUAGCUAGAAAUACAAACAUGUGCUGUGUGCUGACUGGAUCAAAACCUUGUAAAAGAAUAAACAAAUAAAGUCCUUGUGUAUACAAAAAGGUAACAUUGUGUGAUUGUGUUCCUACAACACAUUAUGAACAAAUAAUCAAACGAAUGAAAGCCCUUUUUAAGAAAGUUAAAUGCAGUCUUAAUGGGGCGAAUGGUGGAAUUUGGAGUCUUUUUUUUUUUUUAAAGCAAUAAUAAUGUUACCUAAUGUUACAAUAUAAUGAAACCCCUUUCAGUGGUUUAAGAAAAAUAACUGAUUUUCAAGAAUAAAAACACUAUUCCUGUCUUAUUGUGUUUUACACCCCACCUCCUAUAGACUGUAAGCUCGUUUGUGCAGGGUACUCUUCAACCUAUCGUUCCUGUAAGUUUUGUUGUAAUUGUCCUAUUUAUAGUUUACUCCCGUCUCUUAAAUUAUUGUAAAGCACUACGGAAUCUAUUGGCGCUAUAUAAAUGGCAAUAAUAAUAAAUGCGCUGUAUUGUAUACUGCAACUUUGUAAGGAUACAUCUCAUAAUCAAAGUAGUGUCAACAAGUGGUUAUUUCAUUAAAUACAUUACAGAAUAACUAGCUAUUUAAAGGAACACCGUGUUGGUAAUAUAAACCAGUACUCCCAAUGCUUUCAUAUUCCUGUCCCUAAAUUUAUAUGUCCACCUCUUCCCAUUAGGCAUAAAAAGGGUCAAAGUGAUUUUAUUCUAUUUAUUUUUUUUAAUAGCUUGGAGAUAGAUAAAGCAAUGAGGAAUAACAAUAGAGGAGCAACUGAUGUGCAUGCACAAGAAAUUUCCCUUUAGGAAAGCAUUGAAUCAAUGGGGACGGAAGUCAUGUGACAGAAUUUUUUACUCUGUUUCUGCAGCAGGAAUCGCUUCCAAUUGCUGUAAUUAUAACAAUCACUGAAGAGGUGUUUAAACUGCAAACUACAAUGUUUAUAUCACAGGACCACAGCACCCAGGCUUCUUCAUUGGGUUGUCCGAGGUAAAAGAGUUAAAGUAUUUGAGGGAAAAUUUGAGAAUCUGUCAUUUAUUUAUUUUUUUACCCACUUUUUUUGUCGUUUGUUCCCCAGGAGUGUUGUAUUACAAAAGUCUUAAUGCUUUUUAAAACAUUACAUUAGACAUAUGUAGAGUUGAAAAUAUUCUUUAUAUAUAUAUUUUUUUAUAUAUAUAUUUUUUAUUUUUUUUUUAGCGUUUAACUAAUAUUAAGAAGGGAGACAGUGAAAUAUUAUUUAGUGCAAAUUAAACGAGAAAAAAAAGUGUCACUGUACAUUCCAUUGAAGUCCCUGGCAAAGUCCUUUUUCUUCAGCAUAAAACCAUUAAACACAGGUUAACACUGAAGAAGUCACCAGCAACCCAUCUCAUCUGUGCUGCCCAUGCUUGUGAGGAAGCAUUAGCCCACGCAGAAAUGGGCUAUGGUGACUUUUUGAAAGUGUUACCUAAUUUCACAUACAAACACAAAGAAAGCACCGCGCUUACAGCAGCAGUGGCUUAGUAUCCAACAGCUUAAAAUACAUAGUAAAAACAAAGAAAACGUUACCUGCGCUCUGGCCUAAAUCCCCAUGUGCAUUUAAACAAAAAUGGAGGUUCUUUAGUUUAAUUCUAAUGGCCAUUUGAAUAUAUAAGCUCACCUGCCACGUCAAGGCAUACACAUUGCUGGUAUGAAUUGUUGCGCGUGCCGAGUGUAAACUCUGCUUUAUCCGUACCUCUAGUGUGGGUAUCCAGUGUCCCUAAUUCAGUGUUAAACUGCUCGAAAAUGGUUUAACAUUGAAUUAAGUGACCGCACGGAGACUCCAGGCACUAUAACCAAUUUGAUGAGAUGGUAACCGUGCCUGUGGUGACCCUUUAAAAAUAUAUACAGUACAUUACAGUACUUAACAUUGUCUGGGACAUUUUAUUGUAUCUUGGAGCAAUUUUUCUAACAUGGUUUGCAAGCUGUAAAGUUAACAAAAAAACGGUAUAGUUUCCCCUUUAAUCACAGUGUCUGUGAAUAUUGUUGCAGGUUGCCUUGAAUUGACUUUUUUUUUUUUUUUUUUGACUGUUUUGAAUGACAUGCUGUGUCUGCUAUCACUCUUAAUUGUUCAAGACGCAGCAGCUUGCCGUGUAUUUUUCUGGUUAAUUGGCAUCAGGGAUUCUUAUAGUUUUCUGGUUAACGGAUUUCAAGUUGUCAACCAUUGUAACCUGAAGAAUAGAGAAUGAGAUGUUAUUCCAAUAGUGGAACUUAGAAAAUGGGGGGUAUCUUGUAAAAUGAGAAAAAUAAAACCUUUUAUUUAAAUUACCUAUAGGUCUAAGAAUCCUGUUACCACUGGAUUUUAAUUAAUUUUCUCUCUGUAUUUAUUUUAAAACCUUUCCACAUUCCUGUUUUACCUAUUAAAUGUGAGUCCUCUUUUGUAAGUACCGUAAUAAUCACCUAAUUGGUCUUUCCAGAAACCAUACUGCCUUUCUAUGAACUAUGAGUGCUACUGCUAGGCACAUUUUUCGCUCCCGUCGCUCCUCUCACACAUCACUCUUCUGUCAAUCGUUUCAUUGGCUUCCUGUACCCUAAAGGAUUCCAUGACAUAUUAAUGUUUAAGUACAAAGCUCUCAACCACUUUGCUCUUCCAGUGAUACAUGAUUAAGGCCUAAAGGCUGUAACAUAUCUUUUUGUCCUUUGAUCUUUAAUAGAAUACCUUUAUCUUCACCCUACAAUGUGAUGCCUGUGGACCUCUACUUCUAUGCUAUUCCUGGUGGAUGUCGAACCACCCUACACAGAGCUCCAAAGUAGUUGUUUUUGUUUUUUUACUUGUGUGCAGUACUCCUCGAUCUUUUUAUAGGUAAACUUCUCCUUUCUGCUAUUCAUGACCAUGCUGCUAACACGUGCUUACAGGAUGUCUUGCAGGCAGCUUCAUUCUCAUGAAAGAGCCUGCCAUCCCCUAUCAGACUUCAAUCCUUUAAGAAGUCCCUUAAAACUCCUCUCUUCAGAACAGCCUUUGCCCUCCCAGGUUUAGUACAAUUCAUCAGACCUAUAAACCUAACUAGUGGGUCCAAGCUCCAGUUCAUUUUCACCUUCUAAUUCUGCUAUUCUACCCUGUCACUUGGAUGUUAUCCCCUAUGCUGCCCUUCCUUUUGUGUCUAUAUACUUUCUCUCCUGUGCAUUGUAAGUAUUGUUCCUGUUAAACAAUUUUGUCUCAUGUUAACUUCCCCCCUUUAUAAUAUUGGAAAGUGGUGCUGAAUAAGUUGGUGCUAUAAAAAUGCCAAAUAACAAUUGUAACGGAUCUCCUGCACUCUGACUAUAUCUGCUGUAGUUCUCCCAAAUCCCAAGUGAAGCAGUGAUAAAAGCUCUGAGCUACCCAAACAUCAGCCAAGACUUGAUGAAGGGUACAGUGGCCUACUUAUAUACAUAACUCCCAGCAGGGGGUCUCCACACAAUACAAUGCAAGCUCCUCCUAUAAAUCUCCUUGCCUGUGAGAUAAUUGCGUUAGAUCGGUAAGCUAAUUAUCUCCCAGGAACAGAGAGGCAAACCUAAAAAUAUAAAAUAUAAAAAUACCCCAAAAUUUCAUAAAACAUAACCUAACCCCACAAAAAUAGCCCUGAUCUGAGCGCCCAAGUUCUCCAAAUAGCGCUCAAAUCCAUGCAGUGUAAGGGAAAUGCCACCGUGUUAAAGUUCUGACCGGCCGCAGAUGUGGUCCUAUGCCCAAAACAGUUCCAGGGUGUUUGGUGCUUUUGCCAAGCAACUUUCAAGAGCUCUUGCGGCCGCAAUAUGGGGUGCUCUGACUAAUUCGUGGGUUUGGUUCAUGCAAAUGGCCGCCAGAGAGCCAGCUUUCGUUACAUUCGCAUGAAGGGAAUGUGCCGAACCAGGGGCACCCAGGGUAAGCUACUAAUGGUGGCUGGGGAGUUUUAACUCCCGAACAGGGUCUUUGAAUACGGCCUGUAGUCCUGGGGCAGGAGGCUAGCUAGCAGGCUCCUCCAGGAGCUCGUGGCAUGGGCACGUUUGUCACAACAAUUAAUACCAAAUAACAAUUAAUCAAUGUAUAAUGUUCGCACAAACAUGUAAGUGAAUAUGGCUUGCUUUGAUAUAUGUUUUUAGGUAUCAAUAUGACAAAUAAGCACCAUAGGCACUGCCCACUGUAGUUUUAAUGGUUUGGACUACCAAUACUAGGCAGAGUAUUUUCACAAAGAUAAUUCUAUAUUAGCAAUAUAUCAAUUUUUAUCCAAAUUAGGAUGGUGUCCAAUAAGGACAUCAGCUGAUCUGCUUAACCAAUGAGUGCCACCCACACUUGCACAAGAUUAACAUUUCUGAAGUGGGAGUGGAACGUCUCCAGUAGUGAUAAGGACAAUGAGAGACAUUGGCCAUGGUUUGUUUUUCAAACUAAUCAAAUGCUUUGAUACAAAACCAUGGGCAUCAUGACACCAUAAACACAAUAUCUGACUGUAGUGGUUAUGGUGCUUAGAGUGUAACUUUAAGUGGGUAAGAUUUUAAAUGGUCUAAAAGCUUGCAUUUGAUUUCUAAUAAAGUUGUUUCUGUGUUUCUCUUGCUUCAUGGUACCACACUUUCUCAAUAUGAAGUAUGUUCAUUUUUUUUUGCCAUAACCUACUCUAUCACUCACUUUCACUGAUAUGCCUUCAUUGUACUCUCUGUAGGUUAUGAGAAGACAGAUGAUGUGUCUGAAAAGACCUCUCUAGCUGACCAGGAAGAAGUGAGAACCAUUUUCAUUAACCAGCCUCAACUGGCAAAAUUCUGCAACAAUCAUGUCAGGUAAGGGCUAUGGUAUUGGUGAUUAGGAGAAAAGAUCUAUUAUUUUUUUUUUCUUGUGCUUUCUUUACAUUAGCAUUGUAGAUUUCUGACCAUAAAUAAGUGUGCACAUUACAGAAUGUGUGUUUUGUACUUGGCAAGCGCUUCCUACUUAUUGAUGGCUACUGUGUGGUAUAUCUCUGAUUUGAAGAUCUUUCCUGACCAGCUUGUUAUGUUUGUCUGCAGAAGGGACUUGCACAAAGGCUACAGUACCUUCUCCAUUGCUGUUGCUAGUACUUGCUGAGUCACAGCACUGGAAGUUAUCAUAUCACAUAAGUUAUACUUCUCUGUUGUUAUGGGCCAGAUAAGAAGAGGUGGAAACAGGCAGCUCAAUUCAUUUCAAACUGAGCUGCUUUUGACCAAAAAUGUUAAAUUUUCUUUGAAUUCUCAACUAGCGAUGAACUCUGUAAGUUUUGCUAUUUCUGUAAUUUAUUUAACGUGCUUCUUUAAAAUAAGAUAUAAAAGCAGACUAAUGGCACUGCAUACCUGGGGCCCUUGGAGUUUAAUAUACUUUCAUCUGGCAGUACACCUUAAAUUGUUUCUCCACCCUCAAAGCAACUUAAUUAUCUUUUACCUCCAGGUGUUAAACCUUUUUCAAGUGGUUUAACUCCAAAGUGGGUUCCUGGCACCCAUCCAUACUGCCUCCUCUCUCCUCUGUUUAACCAUCACACAGAACAGGAAUUGUUGCCUUGUUGCUUGUGAUAGGCUGCGAGCGUUGGUUGACUCACUCGGCGUAUCACUGGCCGCCAGCCCACCUUCCUGCAGUGGAGGUAGCCAGGAGAAAGUUAGACAGGAAGCAGAGCUGUCUGGUGCCAGAAGACAAACGUAGGAAUUAAACUUUUGUAAAAUGGGUAAGAUGGCCCCUAGAUACUCCUGCCCCUAUAAUGACUUCAGUGAGAGCAAGAUUAAGAUGUAAUGGGAAUCAAUAUGUUUGUGUAUCUGUGAAUGAAUGCCCAGUGGUCAGUCCGUCCCUGAAUGAAGUAAAAGAUAAUGAAUCCAGCAUAUAAAAGCUGUGAUUUAUUUAGGCUUGUUCCCUUACCAGCUACCCUCUAGAAUCCCCCAUUGAGUAUAUUAAUGUACAGCAAAUUAAAUUUUUGGGGAAACUGCUCAACAUUCCUGGAGAUGAUAAUUUUAUUUCAUGUUAAGGCCAGUAAAAGGUUGGUUUUUGGUAUGUGUGUGUGUGUGUGUGUGUAUAUAUACUGUUCAAGAUUUUUGCUUUUGAAGUGAUACCUAUUACUACUGUCGAUAGCAUUACGAUCUCUUAGCUUGCGGAGUAUUAUGAAUGGAUUUCUAUAGACCUCUACCUACAAAGACAUUAAAACACUCCUUUCCUUUUCUGUUUUCCAGCACUGCAAAAUAUAAUGCCAUCACUUUUCUGCCAAGAUUUCUCUAUUCUCAGUUCAGACGAGCUGCCAAUUCCUUUUUUCUGUUCAUUGCACUGCUUCAGGUGAGCCAUGCACUACUAACACUGCUACUGCCUUUCCUUAUCAGAAUUGCCAAACCAGGAAACCUUUAUAAAGAAAUGCAGACAGACUGGUUUAUGAAGUCUGUGGUUUUUUUUUUCUUGUGGUUUUUUUUUUUUUCACCUCUAUGCACAGUAUAUGCUAUGUGCUUUUGUGUACACUAGUAUUAGUAAAGUCUAUUAUUAAAUGAACCUGUCACACACAAGGUGACAUUCUCUGCACUUGAUGUUUUUGACAUAUUUGUACAUUGUGGGGGUUAUGCAUACAAAUCAUCGCAUGCACCAUUUUCUUAUGUAUAAAACUUUUACUCUAACCUUUAUGCAUUGAUGCUUUUUUUCGGCCUUUUCUCUAAUGUGCCCAUAUAAUUUUUUUUUAUUUUUUUUUAUUCUGAAGAUUUUAACACUGAUUACAUUCCGAAAAUAAGAAAAAUCUGCCACUCUGACAGCAUGUAAAAAUUUGUCUGGGGGGAAGAAGGCUCAUUUUUGCAUAUUUAUUUCUAAUACUGGAUGUGACACUUUUGUGACCACAAAAAAAGAACCAAAAUCGAACUAAAAGUGUUAUUGAAAACCUGCUGUAAGGAGUAUUUUGGCACAAAUAAGGGAAUAAACAGAAACUGCAAAAACAGCCUAAAGAGUGAACAUUUGUUUUAAACAGAGCCCCCAAUCAAUCCAAUAUAAGAUAAACAUACUCCCAUUUGAAGUCCUUUCCAAAUUAAUGUUUGCACUGUCCAGACAAGGCAAUUAUUAGCAAAUCUGGGUGCGCUGAUACUUUUCUAUGUGACUUUUUAACAUGCUGAUUUAAUCUAAAUCCCUAUAUAGCAGCUUUUAUGGGCAGAGCAGAGGUUCCAUGAAACUUUUUUAAAGGGAUAGUCCAAGCAUCAUGCCAGGAGUACUCUGGUGUAGUUUCCUGGUAAUGGCAAAAAUAUUAUUGCAAAGGUUUGCCCUCUUACAUAAUCCCUGCCAGUUGCUGGUGUCCUGUCCUGUUGGGUGAAGUGCUAGAAUUGCAGAACCUGAAUGUCUGUCUAUCCCAUCAAAUAUUCUUUGGAUCAGAGCAUCAGCUGAUCACUCUGUCAAUGAAUGACCCUCUGUGCAAAGAAAUAUGUAAAGAAUUGAUGUCAGCCAUCCCCUCUAACUCAAUGAUUGUCAUCAUACUGAAACACAAUUAUUCCAGGGUAGAACUUAUUGUUUUGUGUCUGUCAAAAAAAUCUAUCUUUCCAUUCGCACAGUGACCUACAUCUGUCCUUUGCACUCUCUCACUAAACUUUUGUACAGGUCUUCCUUGUUCUUAAAGGACCACUAUAGUGCCAGGAAAACAUACUCGUACACCCUCAGGGACCCACUCCCGCCCGGCUCUGGAAAGGGGAAAAGGGGUAAAACUUACCUUUUUCCAGCGCUGGGUGGGGAGCUCUCUGCCUCCGAUCCUCCUCCGUUCCUCCCCGUCGGCUGAAUACGCACGCGCGGCAAGAGCUGCGUGCGCAUUAAGCCGGUCGCAUUGGAAAGCAUUAUCAAUGCUUUCCUAUGGAUGCUUGCGUGCUCUCACUGUGAUUUUUCACAGUGAGAAUCACGCAAGCGCCUCUAGCGGCUGUCAAUGAGACAGCCGCUAGAGGAAUUGGAGGAAGGAUUAACCCAUUUGUAAACAUAGCAGUUUAGGUUAACCCUAGUUGGACCAGGCACCCAGACCACUUCAUUAAGCUGAAGUGGUCUGGGUGCCUAGAGUGGUCCUUUAAGGCAUGCCCAUCCUUGCCUGUUAGAUUUUCUGUAGUUUCUACUGUUCACUAAAGCACUGCAUCCCACUCUCACCUCCUUAAUUUAAUUAGUUAAAGGGUUACCCUAGGCAUCAUAAAUAAAACAGUCUGCUGUAGUGGUUAUGUUGCCAGGAGUACCUUGACACAUUCCCUGUAAUUGAGCAAAACAUUUGCCAUCACACCUGGGUCUCGCAUGUCUCCUAUUUUACUCUGAAGCUGGUUUUACAAAAUCUUCUGCAGAAGUCAGCUGCUGAUGCAGCCGUGCAUUCAUUGGCUGAGAGCAUCGGCUGACUCCUCUGGGAUACAACUGCAAUUCUGUGCAUGGAAAGUUGCACUAAAUUGACAUUAGCCACUUAAUCAGGACAUUGGGUUAAUAUCUGGAUGUGCUGCAUUUCAUAGCAAAACACUGCACAUACCAUUUCAAAUUAUUGAAGUUGUGAUGGUACCUGGAGUAUGCUUAUAAACUCUGCACAUUCUUCAACUAUCGUUUUGCGUUUUGUCAUACAAUAUUUAUGUGCAAAUUCCUUUGGAACAACAUGCAAUCUGUACACUCUUUUUGUUGAAAUUUUACCUUUACCUUUUUAUUUAAUCAUCCACUCCCCCACCUAUUCUUAAUCCUUUGUGUUACACCUGAUUUUUCCCGUUGUACAGAGCCACAGAAUGUUACAAUUAAGAAAUAAAUAGAAAGGUAUUACUUUUUAAAAUAAUCAUUUUCAAAAGUAAUUUGUUUUAAUUUAAAUUUAUUUUAAAAGUGACAUGAGCAUAAGACGAUUAUUAUAAUGACCGUGUCUGUUUUUAAAGGGGCAUCCUAGGCUGCAAGUAAAACACUAAUAAAUUAUGUAUAUCCUGCAUUAAAAAGAAAUAAACAUCUAUGCAAAUAUGGCUUGUCCCAGACAGUAAAUUUAGUUUACACGCUGGUGUCUAUAUGUUCACACGUAUGUGUGCAUCUGACUGUCAGUUUGUGUGCCCUGUAAGCUACAUGGCCUCUGAACUUUUUGUACCUGUAAAUGCUUCAGAAAUACUUACAGGGUGUGUGAAAACAUAACUGUUAUCACUUUGUAGGUGGUUGUGUCAUUUUAAAAUAAUAUAUUUUUCUAUAUUGUAGUUAUGAAAACUUGUUUACUAUGUGAGAGGUCACAUUUAUUUAGGGUAGUUUAAAUUUAGCACAACAUAACACGCAGUGUUAUCAGUAAUCUAUAUUGCCAAAGGAAUUCACAUUUAUUUUAUGCAUGGCAGUUGCUGCAGGGGUUAUGGCAGUAAUUACACUGUCAGCUCAUACAAGAACACUAGUGUUAAAUGUCCAACCUUUCCAUUGUUUGACAGAUAGUGAUAGGAUCUGCACCAGCAUGAUACAUUUCAUAACAGCCAGUGUAAAAUGUCAGGUCACUAGAAUUGGAAUGUACAGCUGAGAUUAUUUAAGAUGUCAAAUGCCCGUAUAAAUGUAUUUUAUGGUUUACACUGUAACCGCGGCUGGUCCCCCUAUUUACCACUAUAACGUCUUAAAGCAUAGAACUUAGGGCUAACCAUACAGAUAUCUUAGCCAUAAUUUUAUAUAGUUAGUGUAAGAGAUCCUCUAUUUAACAUAAAUAAAUAAUUGAGAAUACAAUAUAAAAUAAUGAUUGUCUUGGAAGCAAUAAAGUUUUGUGUUUUUAGAUAUUUAUUAUAUAAAAAUAUAAAUAUGGACAUAUAAAAUCCAUUAUAGCAGAGUUUAUAAGAUUAAAUGCUUGCAAAUAUCAUUAAUAGGUUAACAUACCCUUCUGAACAUGUCAUUAUGUCAGCCUCUCUGUCAUUUUAAGAUGGAGCAGCGUCUGUCUCCAAGUCUCUCCUCUGUUCCUUAACAUUUAAAAGUACACCUAUUUAUACCUGAGGUGUCUCCAUUUUAGGGUUACCAUAGUUCAUAUAUGAAAAAGUAACACUUCUUUUACUUUAUUCAUUUUAGGACCUCCCUUAACUUGGCCAUAACUAAAGGGUGUAUACGUCAUGGAAAUUUUCCUGACUUGGGUAAAGAUGGAAUCUUAAAGUCUAAACAUCUUUAUCUACUAAGGUUACCACAGUAUAUUGUGUACUGAAAGAGUCGUAGCAUAGCCUUGAAGCUUGUUUAUGCAUUAUUGUUAUUGUAAUUCGUCUGGGACAAAAUGGUGCAAACAUAUUAUGCACUGAGGUUAUUGCUUAAAGAAACCUUUAUGAAAAACAAAAUGUUCCAUUUCUAACACCUUGUCAGUUUGCAGUAUCUCUUAAAGACAAAGUACACAGUUUAAGAAAUACAACAUUUCAUUCUAAAACUUGUAAUAUUUAUGCCCAUAACAACACAGCGGUCUUACAUUCUUAUAGAUUUACUUUUCUUAUAGAUUUACUUGGGAAAGUGUGUGUGUGUGUGUGUGUGUGUGUGUAAUUAAAAUGAGUUGUGCAAUGGUUUGUAUAUAUUUUGUGGUUAAGUGAAUAUUUGAUCUAUUUGAAACUGUUUAAUAAAUAUUUGAUCUACUAUUCUUAAUGUAGGAGGCAAUAGUACAUGUGGCGGACCACUCGUUAAAGGACCAGAGUGUCACCGUCAAGGCUCUUCUUUCCCCUUUGCAGUAUCCCAUGCAGCGCAGUAUUCAGUGAUUAUAGCUCACAGUAUAGCAUUGUUAUAGCCUUUCCCCCCCAUGCAUUAAUUGAGACUUCAUGCUGGGAGAAGAUCUGAUUUUAUUGUCCCCAAAACAGUCAUUUAUGCACAGGGUCUCUAUUCAAUAGUACAGUGAUCCUGCCCUGGUGCCUCUGUGUUUCGGAGCUAAUUGUGUAAACUGUUGCUAAAUUAUCUCCCGGACACAAGGGUUACAACACAAAAUAUCCCCAGAAACCUAACAAAAACCCACAAGAAUCCCACAUAUUAUACAUGCCCGAAUAACUCUGAUCCGAGCACCCAAGUUGACAAAAAAGCACUCAGAUCCAUGCAGAAUUGGGGAAUCGCCACUUGGGGAAAGGCCGCUAGUACUGUCUCUGCCCAAAAGAGUCCAGGGUGGAUGGGGCUUUGGCCAAAAAUCGUGAGGUCCUGUGGACUGAAAAAGAGGCGCUUCCCUUGGUUCUCUGGGAGCGAUUAUUCAGGAGAAUGCAUAGUCUAUUCCCUCCGAAGGGCACUCUCCUUGCUGGUUAAGAAGUGGGGGAAACUGAGGUAGAAGGGGGCCAAAAGAGUGGGUUAACUGCGACUGUGUCGGGGUUCCAGAAAAGUUGUAAGUACCACUACAGUCCUCACGGCUCCAUGGACAGCCCAGGGAAAUUGGUAAAUGGGCUUGGAGGGCAUGGUGAGAAGGGCCAGUGUUCUGGGACAACGUCUCUGGAAGGGGUAUAUGGGGUAUGUGAGUCAGUUAUUAGGCUCCUUUUUGGAGUGACGUGUGGGGCUGUUCUUUGACACAAGUGACUGGGUUUAACAUCACAGUACAGAUUCAUGUGUAGCUUUGAUCUAUCAUAUGAUCUAUUAUUUAGUCAUUCAAAUUGUGCAUUGUCUUGAAGUAUAGGCGUACCUCUCAAUAUUGGAAGGUGUGGACCCUAUACCAAGGUAGAUGAGCCUAGAUGUACUUUGAUUGCCCUCAUGGAGAAUGGUUAGCCAUACAAUGCACUGAGAAGGGAUAUUUACUUUUUAUGUAUGCAUUCAUAGAAUAAACAAUUCAUAUUUUUAUUUUGUUUUUAUAUCACACUUUAGGCACCAAGACUACUACAGUGCCCUGUAGUUAGUGAGCAAUUAGUCCCUAGGUGCCUAAGCGUAUAAUCUGUCAUGCCAUUUAUGAAUGGUUUGACACUUACCUUGCAGUGUCAGCGCCCUCAGUUCUCCCUAUGUAAGAUGUGCUGAAACUCCUGCAUUAUUAUACCAUCUCUCAACUAUUGUUCAGCGCUGCAGAAAUUGUUGGCGCUUUCUAAAUAAUACUAGGUUUUCAUUGUCCGGUGUCAGAUGAAACAUUCAGCCAAUGAUGACCGUAUCCAAAAUUACAAGAUAAUAGAUGGUUUGACAGAUCAUUAGUGAACAGUGCCUGGGGACUCUGGACUGUAGUGGUUGCAUAGGGUGUCCAUUUAAGCCUGUGCUGGGGAUCCAUUAGAAUGUUAUAUGUGCAUUCUGUGUCAGUCUAAAACAAUCUAGUUAUAUCCCUAGAGGUCUGAUCCUUAUUGCAAGGAAGAAUAGGCGAAUAGUGAAGGAGGAAACCAAAAGUUAAUGGAACACUAUAGUGUUAGGAAAACUAUCAUGUAUUCCCAACACUAGUGUCCUACUAACUAGGUGCCUGCCAGUCGCUAUGCUGCCACCCCACCUCCCUGGGGUGUUUGUUGGUUUCAGCCAAUCCACAGGGAAGCUUUGGUAGGCUAAUAUACAUGUGGUGCAAAUCACCAUUCAGUGCCUAUCAAAGGUUUGUGUUUAACCCAAAUGGUAGGACCUUUUAUGCCAUAGUCCAUAGUUGACCAUAAUGCUGUUAUGAUGACAUGGAACUGUCUCAGUUCUUCUUUUGACGUGGCUGAACGGUUUCAAACUUACCUUGGUCGCGGCGGGCAGCUGCCCGGUCUCCCUCCGUUCCGGUCACCAUUAGGUACGACGUUAUUAGGAACGCUGGCCGCUGCUAUUCAGGAUUUUAUCAUAAACUUACCUUAGCCCACAUUAAUGAUGGCACCAACGUGCGUGCGACGUCACGUCAUGGACGUGCACGCACAUUUUGGGGUCAGAAGUCGGAGACAGCCAGUUACAGCCUAAAGAGGGUUAUUUAAACCCAAAUUGCCUUUUUGCCAGUGCCCUGUCAUUGUUUCCACUAGCUGGUUAUCAAGAGCGUGUUUCUUAUCGUGUUUUUUUCUGGUAUUUGACUUUGCUUGAUUUCUGGUAUCUUUGACUUCUGGCUUUCCUCUUCGAUGCAUCUCAUUCUCUGUCCCUAUUCUCAGGUACGUUAAGUCCGGCCAUUCUAAGGUCCGGUUAGAUGUUAUCCUUAGUCUUUAGGUGUGAUACAGUUCUGCGUGCUGGAUCAACUAGUAUCCUGACUGGAACAUCCUAACAUUUUGCUGUGAGCAGGGUUACAUCAAUGCUCACACCUGGAUGUCUCAAGGAUCAAUCCUCUGUGUCAGCUGGGGCCAUAUGUUGUGGCCCCAGAUUGACUGGAUGAACUGUGUGCAGCGCUCAAAGUGCCUUUUAAAUAGGCAUUUAAAUGGCCAUUACUAGAAUGUGGUGUGAUCAGGAUUAAAAUCCCUGCUUGUAUCAGGAAGACUGAGAUACCAGCUGAUACCUGGGGAUCCCCUCUGUGAGAUGAACUCAUAUUUAAUCGUCCCAGCAGACUGAUGAGCUGUAUACAGCACUCAAAGUUAGCUUUGCAUAUAGCCCUUAAAAUUCAGUGAGAACAAGUCCAUUUAAAUUGAUUGAGUACACGUGCAUUCAACCAGGCACAGUGUUUCUUGCAUUUUAGCAGCUAAAGGCAGACCCCCAGGGUUUGUAAAUGACUGUGUUCUGUGCAUGCCCCCAAGCCAAUUGUGAUCAAUGCUGGGCAUUUUCAGCUUUCCAGUACUAAUGAAAGUGUAACUGACUUGAGAAGCGUGCUUGAUAUCGGUAUUCUAGGGAUGUCUCCCUGUAAUACUGGGGGAAAAAAGUCAGAUGGCAGUCCCAUACCAAGCUCAUCUGUUUUUAACUAGGAAACACAUCUGCUGAUAUCAGUACUCAUUUUAGGGGUUAAUGCUGGAUUGGGGGUUAGUGUUUUAGGGAUAGCAUAGGGUUAGGGUAGGUAUACGGUUAUCGUUGGUGUAGCAUUGUGGGUGGGUGGGGUAUAAAGUUAGUGUUGACUUCUAAAAAUUAACUGAAUGGACUGAUACAUUGAUCUAUUUUGAGUUUCUGCUUUAGUUGCACUUUGUGUAAAAAGUCAUUCUACGCAAAAAUGUGAAGAUAUUUUUCUCCAUUUUAACCCUUUGCCAUCCUAACAUUUUAUUCAUACUUAAUGCUGUGUUAUACAUUUAGGAUAUAUAAAAAUAAUCUAUAAUGUGUAUGGCGCACUUAAAUAGCAGCCUUUAAAUUAUAGUGGAGCAAACACACAGUGCAAAUUGUAGGUUUUGUUUUGGUUUAGAACUUUGCAAAUUACCUAUGUCCUUAAGAGGUCAACCCUGCAAUGAAAACUGUGCUCUUCCAGGUAAAUGGCAGUUCAGAUUGUACGGGCACUGCACCCAGACCAUUUCAUUGGGAUUGCGUGGUCUGAAUGCUUUGUGUUUCUAUUUUAAUGUUUUAAAAUGUGUAUUCCUAUGUUACAUGAGAAGGGCCCAACAGUGCUCCUAACAAUAAAGUACAGUGCCGUCUCUGCAAAGCUGCAGUCAUGGCACCAUGAUGGGACCAUUCUACUUGGGCCAGUCAGUACUAAAAUCGGCUUUUAUUUUGCUCACACAUCAGGAUGAGUUAGAAAAACACUGGUUUUCCACGGAGAAGAUAAAAUAUUCAUGAAAUUAUUUUUAUUUAUUUAUUAUUAUUUAUAAAAUAUUUUACCAGGAAAGAUACAUUGAGAUUUCUCUCGUUUUCAAGUAUGUCCUGGGUCCACAAAUCAUUGCAUUGUUACAUUAGGUACAACAAAAUACAAAAACAAUAUUAAUACACAAUAUAUACAAAAAUUUAACAUAGAACAGGCAGGAAAUAUAUAAUCAACCAUGACACGUGCAUUCUGUUUUGAGGUAUGUAGAGAGGGAUCUCUUAAAAGACUUUAGGCUUAGGGAAGAUUUUAAAUUGUGCGGGAGGUCGUUCCACAAUUGCGGCGCUCUGUAGGAGAAGGAGGAUCGGGCCGCUUUCUUUUUGUAUUGAGGUAGACUAAGUAAAGUGCUUGUACUGGAUCGGAGGUUAUAGAAAGUGGGAACAGCUGGGGAAAGCAUUUUGUUCAGGUAGGGUGUGAGUUUCCCAGAAAAGCUCUUAAAAACAAGGCUGGAAAGAUGAAGGGUGCGUCUGGAUUCCAGCGACAGCCAGUUUAGUUCCUUUAGCAUGUCACAAUGAUGGGUCCUGUAAUUACAUUGUAGCACAAAUCUGCAGAAUGAGUUAUACAAUGUGUUGAGUUUAUUAAUGUGGGAUCGCGAUGCAGACGCAUAUACUACAUACCCAUAAUCAAUGAUUGGCAUCAGCAUUUGCUGUACAAUCUUUUCCUUUACUGUAGGGCUUAGGCAGGCUUUGUUUCUGUACAGGGCACCUAAUUUUGGAUAAAGUUUAGAUGCAAGCUUUUCUAUGUGCAGGCUAAAAGAUAGAUUGGGGUCUAAUAUCAUACCCAAGUAUUUGAAAGAGUGGACCGCGGUCAGUGUGCCAUUUGAAUUUGUUUUGAUGGAUAGGUGGGGAUUGUGUAAUUUGUGUAAUUUAGGUACCGUUCCAAAGAUCAUUGUGACAGUUUUGUCAGUGUUCAGGAAGAGUUUGUUUUUUGCGAUCCACUUUUCUACCUCUGUAAACUGGUCUUGGAGCAAAGCCUCAAGUUGAGGUAGAUUGGAUUUGCUCGCAUAGAUUACCGUGUCAUCUGCGUACAUGUGUACAUUUGAGGAUUGGCAGACAUUAGGCAGAUCAUUUAUAAAUAAUGUAAAUAGUAGGGGGCCGAGAAUGGAACCCUGGGGAACACCACACGUGACCGGGAGAGGGAGGGAGUCACUGUCAGAAAUGGACACAUAUUGCGAGCGAUCCGAUACAUACGAUCGAAACCAGUUUAAAGAAUGAUCACCAAUACCUGAGUUUUCGAGUUUGUGCAGUAGAAUGUCGUGGUCUACUGUGUCAAAGGCCUUAGCAAAAUCAAGGAAAAUAGCUCCAGUUAGGGCUCCUUGUUCCAUGCCAGUUUGGAUGUCAUUGCAAACUUUUAGGAGGGCAGUUGUAGUGGAGUGAUUCUGGCGAAAGCCCGAUUGAUCAGGGGUCAGAUAGUUUAAUUGUUGGUAGUACUCACAAAGUUGCGUAUGGACACAUUUUUCUAAGAUUUUUGACAAUACAGGGAGCAAUGAUAUUGGGCGAUAGUUAGAAACCAAAGUAGUGUCACCACUUUUAUGGAUAGGCACUACUCUCGCAGUCUUCCAAAGUUUGGGUAUGUAUCCAGACACCAAUGAUUCGUUAAUUAGAGUUGAGACGGGUUUAGCAAUUGCCGGCGCACUGAGCUUCAACAGCAUUGCUGGGAUUUGAUCAGGUCCGGACUGGUUUUUCAUUUUUAGAUUAUUAAGAUGUUUUUUAAUGACACUAACAGGUACAGGUCUAAAAUUAAACUUAUCUAUAUUGGGCCUUUGCAAAUUUAGUGGGGCCUGAUCCACAUUUGUAGUUUCAGGAUGCGUGUCAUUUAUUAGCUUGGCAAUCAGGGCAGUAGAGCAUCCGACAAAAUAAUUGUUAAAGGCAUUUGCUACAUCUAAGGGAAGUUGCAGGGUUUGGUUACCCACUUUGACAGUGGAGGGUUGGGAGUGGAUUUGGGGAGUUUGUAGUUUAUUUAUGACUUUCCAAAAGUUUCUAGGGUUUGAGAUGUUACUGUUCAGAUUUUCAUAGAAAUAUUGGGCCUUGGCCAGUUUUGUCUGUUUUGUGCAUAUAUUUGCCAUUGUCUAUAUGCACCGUGAUCAUUCAUAGAGCCAGUACGCUUAAAUUUUGACCACAAAGAAUCCCGAAACUGGUACAUUUGGAUGAGGUCAGCUGUGAUCCAGUUCAUAUGCGCUCCUUUUACCCUCACCUUACGCAGCGGGGCAUGCAAAUUCCAAAUUUGUAGGAGUUCAGACUGAAAGUAUUCAACAGCACAGUCUAGAUCUGGGAUAAUGUUUAAUCUGUGCCAUGGGAGAUUCUUGAUGUCAUUUAAAAAGGAUUCAAGAUUAAAUCUUUUGAAGGACCUAGUUAUUUUAACCUUGGGAGAGGAUUUAAUAGCCUUUAUUUUGCGCACGCAGUACACUAAACAGUGAUCACUGAACGUGUUUGGGAGAACACCAGCCUCCUGGAUUCUAUCAGGAGAAGUGGAGAGAAUCCAAUCUAGCAGGGUAUGGUUAUGGCUUUUUAUGUUUAUGCGAGUUGGGGAGGAGAUUAAUUGCGUUAGCUGCAAAGUCUUAAACAGCGUGCAAGAACUAUUAUUUUUAGGGUUCAGCCAAUCAAUAUUAAAAUCUCCAAAGACCAACAGUUCACUUUUUGGGUUUUGAGCUAUGGUUUCACUAAGGAGAUGGGCUAUGUCAGAUAGGGAAUGCACAGGGGAGCUAGGUGGGCGGUAGAUUCCUGCAACAAUGAUUGAUUUACUGCACGGGAUCUCAAUUUUGACAGAAAGGAAAUCAAAGAUGGCAGGAGGACUAAGGUUUUGUAAAGGGGUAAACUUUAUGGAAUUGUCAACAUAAAUAACAAUGCCUCCUCCUCUCUUUGCUCUGUCAUUUCUAAAACAUGAAUAACCCUGUAUUGCAAUGGCGGUGUCUGGUAUUUUAGCCGUUAACCAUGAUUCUGAGAGCACAAUGAUUUUUGGUUUGUAAUGGGAACACCAGGCUUGCAGUGCAUCCAGUUUAGGGAGUAAACUACGGAUGUUGCAGUGCACAAAUGAAAAGCACUGUGUGCGUCUUGAUGAAUAGGUUAUCAUAAUAAAUAUAACAGUAUAUUAUGUGGUAGCCGUACAUAUAUUUGUUGUUUUCUUUUGAAGUUCAGCUUGACAUUUAUCAUUGCCUUUGAAAGUCCCUCAACUCUUUUUAAAUGAAAAUGUAGCUUUGCAUGCUUCUGUGUUUUUAAGAACAGCCUCUCCAAAUCAUCAGAUAAUGUAUCGGGUUUCUGCGCAUUCUGUUGUCAGUGCAGUAGGAUCAGAAUUUGCAGUUCUGGUAAAUCUCAUCCUCCUGUAUAUGCUUUCUCAGAGGUUUCGAAACCGCAAGGUUGCCACAAGACAUCGAAGACAGUGCAAACGUACACCAUUGCUCAGUGACCUGCAAGUUGUCAUUAGAGCUUUGGACGUUUUGUCUACACAGUAAGAAAAAUCUGGUGUUGCCGUUAACUGUUUAUGUAAGCUACGUAGUUAGCGGCCUCUAUAAAGCUUAAUUGCCUCCAAUACUGAAUACAAGAGCCAUUACAACUCCUUGUACUGGUUUUGGUGCCAUGAAGCUGUGGGUAGUUUUUUUUUGGUCAAACCAUAAUUGAAAUGGUUUGAGUAAAUUGGGCUUUCCCCAGCAUCCAUUGCCUGCCCGCUCUUCAAAUCCACUAAUAUGGAAACUACUCUUAUGCAAUAUGAAGUGAAAUUCUGUCCUUCCUCAACAGCAAUGCUAGCUUGAGAGAAAUCCAUUCAUAUAGAUUAAAAAUAAGGGGGGCUGCAGGCUAUUUUUCUUUUUUAACGGAUGCCUAAGUCUCAGUUGUGAAUUUGGGUCCGUUCUCAACACAAUGGUAAAAUUUGACUUUUGAAUGGAUGGACAGGGAAGAGCAAAUUUUACCUUUUAUAUGAAAUCAAAUAAAAAUUACAGUGACUAAUUUUAAGCAUGUGGUGCUAGAAUAGUUACUUUAUAAGCAAUCUCGUAGUGCUUUACUCAUGCUCAGUUAACUUUUUUUUUUUAAUAGACGAAAGCUUUCCACUGCUGUUGGGAGCUGUCCAGCUGCUGAAUCUUCUCUGUUACGUCAUCGCUUUUAUUUGAGGUUUUAGUAUAAACUACUUCACAUGGGCUCCUGAAACUGAAUGAACAUUUUUCAUAGUUUAAAUAUUUGUUGAAGGAAAUGCUCUAACAUUUCUUAAGUAAUGACUAAUUUGCUUCCUUUAAAAAAAAAAAUAAAAAAAAAAAUUUGUUAGAAUAAUACUGGAACAAAAAGUAGAAAAUAAAAGGGGAAAAAAUUAUUCGAAAUGCCCAUUACAACAGUCAGAUGUAUAGGUUAAGACAGGUGCCAUGGGUUGUAUCAUUAUGCUGUAGCCUGCCCUAUAGCAUACAGAUCAACCGCAUUGUGAGACUGGCAAAAUGUCCAAUCUAUCCAUUAGUGUGCUUUCAUAGUGACCAGUUUGUCUCUAUUACAGUUGAAUUACAAUUUGCAUCGCAAGCCCUGCUUCUUUUACAAAAGCAAGUUAUUUUUUCCAUGUUCCUAAAAAUAAAGUGCAAAUGGUUUAUAUGAUUUUAAUAAAUAAGACCGUUAGAAUGUGUCGGCAGAUAAGAACCAUUCGACCCAUCCAGUCUGCCCAGUUCUCUGGAGGCAAUAGGUCUCCUACAUGGUUUGAUUUCUCUGUACUUUACCUGAUAUAAGGGAGUAAUAUACAGAUGUGAGAUCUAGAUAUACAGCAGUGAAUCCUGUAUUUGAGGAAGAAAGGAAGAUAUAAAACUAUCAGGAAGAGUCCCAUCAGCCUGAAAAUAUAUUAUGUUACAGUGUUAUAAAAUGUACAAAGUGUUGCUAAAACAUAUACUAAAUCUAUCCUACUCUGUGACUGUAUAAAUAGAACUGCAAUCUGAUGUGCAUUAUUAACCAUGCUACAGAAUAUUUACUUCUUUCCAAAAUGCCUUGAAUGUGCUAGAUAAGUAAUCUAGCUGCAGUGGUUCAAACAUUUGGACCAUAUCGCUGCUAUAGAAACACUGUCUUCAGAUAAAAAUUUCUAUUAAAAUCCUGCUGUUUUUAAACAAUUCAUCCUGCUGUUACCAACCCAUCUGUGUUGCAGGCAUGCCAUCAUAUUUGAGAAUAAAGACAAUGCAUGCUAAGGUCCAUUACCUAGUGUCAUUUAGGCAUUUUUUCCAACCAGUCCUCCAUUUGUUUUGACACUGGAGACCUAUUCCUUUAGUGUAGUAUGGAGUUCACUGUGCAUUCAGUCAUUUAUGUGUCUGGCCUGAACAAGCUGUGCCUUAAGCCAAUCUAAUGCCCAGCUGUUUUAUUUAGCAUGUAGGCAAUUUUAGUGGUUAGAGUCCUCAGUGGGUCAAUAUGCUGACCUCUGCUUUAUAAAAAUCACUGGUUUUCAGGCUUUACAGUUUCGUUCUAGUAAACAUAGUGUCUAAAGAGAAGACGUGCAGUUAAAUUGCAGCCAUUGCAUUUGUAACACGUGUUUAAUAACCCAAACUGCUAUAAAAGCAAGAUACAUUCUCAAUUACCACAAGAAGAGUAAGAAGUGGAAAUUCUGAGUUCGUGCUCUCAUUUUUCUGGAUUUAACGUCUUUGUGUUGAUUAAUUGGUGAGGCUUAAGUUUUCUUUACUAUUUUUUUUUUUUUAUUCUGCAGCAAAUUCCCGAUGUAUCACCAACUGGCCGAUAUACAACACUGGUCCCUCUCUUGUUCAUUUUGGCUGUCGCAGCUAUCAAAGAAAUAAUAGAAGAUCUUGUAAGUAUAUUGCCUGUUAAUGUUAGAAUUUUAUCCAGCCUUAUAACAAUUCAGUCUACCAUGCUUUUAUGCUGGCUUUAUAAAGGCUUUUUCUGAUAGAACAUGAUUUCUUUUUUUUUUUUUAUAACUGCGGGACUGCGGAAUCUUUAAAACUUGUCAUGUUAGUAGAAGCCUGAAACCAUUUUUCCCCCUUAAUGUGUUUUAAGUGCUCACAAAGGCUGCAGGGCUAAACAAUCCCAGUAGGCCUCACACAAUGGCUUUUAAAAUUGAAUUGCUGAUGUAUUAAAGGACAAUGAUCACUGUCAUCUGUGUCAGGUAGUCCAAUGCUUUAGGGAAUGUUCGUGUCAAAUGCUAUUUUCACACUUUAGAGACAAUCCCGUUCUUUUUUUAUUUCUAUAAUUUAUAGCUGCUGACUGACUAAUGAAUUUUCCCGAAAUAUGUCACAGUUUGAAAAUUCUGCUAACACAAUCUAUUGGCUACUUUGUAACUGACCCCUAGACAAUUUAAUUUCAUAUAUAAAAACACAUUUACAUUUGUGGAUUAGCACACAAUGUGAAAAUGACUGACUAAGCCUCUGACUGCCUACUUUUGUACUCAAAGAGACUGUUAUUCCAAAGGACAUUCCCCUUAUGCCGAAGCCGCCAUUGCAGUAAAACGCUGAUGUCACGAGUGGGAGCGGCUAUGUUUCUGGUAGCGGCAAGUAUACAUGUUUUUCUUGCCCUGUGUGAAAACCUGUAGAAAUGCCAUGUCUUACCUGAAGCAUCGUUCUGCCCACCAUUGUUGGCAAGUGCAUUACAUUGCUUUCGAUAAUAGUGUUAAUGUAGAGGCAGUGGAAGAGGACAGUCUCCACGUUUGGUAAUUGUGCUUUGGUACUUUCUAAUUCUACAUGGCUGUCUUUAUGGAUGAAAUAGCUGAACAUCUAUCCUGGAAUCUAAAACAAAUUAAUAAGGAUUGAGUUAAUUGAAAGUCAGGGUAAUUAAUGUGAUCGUGUGAGGAUUUUUUUUUUUAAGAAGUUUGUGCUGUUAUCAAAGAUAGUGGUGGAAGGCUAGAUGAGAAUGUGUGAUUAAUUAGUAAAUCACAAUGUCCAGACUGCUCUUUUGUUCUUUGUUGUGGUUACUUUCUGUCACUGAUUAAUUACUGGAUUAUUACCCUUAUAUAUUCCCUUUUUGUGUUAAUGUUCAUUUCUGUGUGUCUUUGUAACAUCAAAGUUGGAGAUAGACCAAAAAACAUGGUUUAUAUUUUUAUACAUUUUAACAUGAAGAGAUUCAUUGCAGUAUAGAAUAAAGCAAAGCCACAGAUUUUAAUGACUCAUUAUUCCAGUGUUAUUUUAUACCACCAGUGUACACAACUAAUGGUUUCCUUUAAUAUGCUGAAUUAUAUGGAACCUGCAGAUUAGAAUGUGUUUGUCUUUAUUUGUCAACUGCUGCUUUAGCUUUAAUGGGCACAUCUGAACUUUUGCAUUAGCGUUUAGGGAGAAAACAUUUUCAUUUGUGGCCAAAAUAUUGCUCAUACUUGAUAAUGAUUGCUUCUGGGACAAUUUUAUACUUGCGCAGUCCACAUGGAAACCAACGCUCCUGCUCAUUGCUUCCUUUUUAGAAUUUUGCCCUAGAAUUGUUUAACUUCUCUGUGUAGAAUUGCUGUAAAAUAAUUAUGUGCAUUGGCUUGACUGAUGUGGCUGUUUUCUUGUUGUAUUAUUAUUAUUAUUAUUUUAUUUUUAUUUUUUUUAAAGCAAAGCACCCAUUAAAGGGGCUCCCCAUUGCCAGGAAAACAAAACUGGCUCCUCUCCCACCGACGUCAGCUGGCGAGGGAGACCUAAUGCGCAUGCACGGCAAUAGACAGCCACUAGAGGAGGACUUAACCCUGCAAGGUAAUUAUUGCAGUAUGUAAAAACUGCAAUAAUUACAUUUACAGGGUUAAGGGUGAUGGGAGUUGGCACCCAUAUGGGCAUCCAAUGGGCAGAAGUCUGGGUGCCUGGAGUGUCCCUUUAAAGUAAUGCAUUAUAUUUUUUAUAUUAAUCGCUCGAUUGGUGAACUGAUGUUAUGGAAACCGCUUAUAUUUAAAAGACAGAUUUAACUGGUGUUAUUUCUUUGCUUUGCUCAUCUGGUAAAUUUCUUGUCUUGAAUUGUGCCUUGAUCGGUUCAGAGAUUAUGCUAGUAAUGUUUCCCAAGCAAUUAGUACAGAAUGAGAGCCACCCUUUCUCCAGGCAGUAUUAUUUAAGUAUGGACAUAAAUGGGAACUGCAUAAUAGACAAUAGGUGAUAGUUUAAAAUAAUAAAACAAUAUUAGGUUGCAUUUAACAAAGUGUCUUACGCAUUUUCGUAUUGAUUCCGUUGAUCUUUAGGUCCAAGCACUUGACAAGAGAGACAAUUACACUGAAAGCUAUGGGUUCUUUAUAAAAUGUAAUUCCACCUAUAGACUAAUAAUAAGCUAAAGCUAUCUAUCCAUAUUACCCCUUACUAGUAUACACUGUACCGCCAGUCCCAGGCAGGCACUCUUAGGCUUGUUAUGGGGAAAAUCUAUUUGUAUAAUAGCUUUUAAAAGAAAUACAUAGAAACUUAAUUUAUCCUGUCACCCGAUUUCCUCCAUGUAACGCCUCAGGCCUCUACAUAGCUGCUGAUGCUGAAAAAUGGUAUUUCAUUUAAGUCCUAUAUAAUUUUCUCUUGCAUGCUGUUUUUGCUGUCCCUAAGACGAUAAGGUAAUAAUCCAGGUAUGGACCUCUUGCUAAGUGUACUUACAGGGGUAUCUUUUAUACCACCCUGAUGAGGCCUAACAGGGCUGAAAUGAUUGUCUUGGGUUGCUGUAUAUCUCAUGCAGAGGUGGACCAGGACUCCAUUUUGGAUCUGUUCUGCACUUUUGGGAGGGCUCAGUCUAAAAUACAAAUGGUUUAGGUUCUCUCACGAAUGGCACAAGAUGAGCUAAAACCAUCUUGAGAACUGAGCAGGGACUCAUCGAAGGGCAAGCUAUUUGAGCUGUUGCCAGUUCUUAGUAUACUCUAGCACAUCGUACUUUUUUUUUUUUUUUUUUCCUCUCAUAUAUAAUUUUAGUUUUUGUGUUCUAGUGAAGGCUACGGUGACAUAGAUACUAAAUGGUUAGCAGGGUUAUUUAUUAAAGUAAGAAUAUGUUUCUUCCUUCUGCCCAUGUGGUUACAUAAAUAAUCUUUGCAGUGUUUGUGUUACUUGAGUGUUAAACACGUACUUUAUUUGCAUGUGUGUAUAUUUAAGUAAAAGGUUUUAGUUCCCUUUUUUGUAUUGAAUAUGCUAUAUUUAAAGAGACACUAUAGUCACAAGAACACUACAGCUUAAAGGACCACUAUAGUGCCAGGAAAACAUACUUGUAGGGUCCUUGGGUCCGCCUCACCCUCUGGGUCCCCCUCCCGCCGGGCUCUAGGGUGAGGAAGGGGUUGUCUGGGGAAUCUCCUCCUUCUUCUGCGGUCAUCGGCUGAAUGCGCAUGCGCGGCAAGAGCCGUGCGCGCAUUCAGCCAGUCUCAUAGGAAAGCAUUUUCAAUGCUUUCCUAUGGACUCUGGCGUCUUUAGUGAGAAGCACAGAAGCGCCUCUAGCAGCUGUCAAUGAGACAGCCACUAGAGGCUGGAUUAACCAAUUUGUAAACAUAGCCGUUUCACUGAAACUGCUAUGUUUACAGCAGGCAGGGUUAAUCCUAGAUGGACCUGGCACCCAGACCACUUCAUUAAGCUAAAGUGGUCUGGGUGCCUAUAGUGGUCCUUUAAUGUAGUGAUUCUGUUGUCUAUAACCGAUUCCUGCAGGCUUGUCACUGUGAACACUGCAUUUUCAGAGAAAAUGCAGUGUCUACAUUGGUGCCUAGUAACACCUCUAGUGGCAGUCACUCAGAUGUGCAGCACCUGCAUUCAGUGUCUCCAUUCUCUGCAUGGAGAUACUGAACGUUCCCCAUAGAGAUGCAAUGAUUCCCAGCCUCCCAAUGCUUUCCUAUGGAAAAAUCAUUGAAUUGGUGGAGAUCAUUCAUAUUGACCAUCUCUGCCACAUAGCCAGAUUCAUGCGGGACCAGCCGCAGUGAGAGAAAAAGGUCAGUGAAAUCACCUUUUUCCUGAGAUCCGAGUUUAGGACACCUAAACAGCGACUUUCGAGUAUAGUGUCAAAAGGAAAGAAAUGUAAAUGCACACACUACAUUAAGUGUGUAUAUAUACAUAUAGAUGUGUGUUCACAUUUUAAUUUUUCAUUCUAGCAUUAAAGUGUAAUUAUGAUUUCCAAUGAUGGCACCCACUUGUAUUUAACCCCUUUAGGACCGCUGACGGUUCAGGACCGUCAGUGGUAAAAUGUGCGUUUGGACUGCUGACGGUCCUGAACCGUCAUAGCGAAAAACGGGCUGUGGGAAGCGAUCAAAGAUCGCUCCCGCCGAUAUAACGCUGUAACUAUCUGCCAGACAUCUGCAAUCGCUCACAAUUGGCUGCUGUCAAAGUGGGUGUUACAAAGACUCACUUUGACAGUGAUCUCUGCCCCUCUCUCCUCUGUAGCAUUUUGUGAGGCGAGAGAGACAGAGAUCGUGAUAGUUUGUUGCAGCAGUGUUCAGUGACCUAUAGAAAGUAUCAGUAUUUUAUUUUAAAAAAUCGCCUUUUAACCCCUUCCCUGCCAGAUCUGUUACAGCAGUGCAUUUGUACUGUCUGUAUUUUAUUUUUUAUUUUUGCCCUUAAAGGGUUACAUUUGUUUUAAAAAUCUGUUUUGGUCUGUCUUGGUCAGCCAGUUUCCUUCUCCCAAAUCUCCAUUAGAUUUUUGUGACAGGAGUUAGUUUAGGGAUUGCUGUUUAGUCUGUUUUAGUAAAAAAAAAAAAAAUAAAAAAAUAAAAAAAAAAUAAGGGGAAAAAAAAAUUGUGUGUUUUUGUAAUUUGUUUUAGUCAUGUGUAAAACAUGCAGCAUAUGUAUAACUUGCAGGAGGCAUAUGCCUUCUUGGCGUCAGACUCUGACGCCACUGACAAUACGUCAGAUUUUGACCCAAGUCAGUUUUCUGUGUGUGAGCUGGCUGAAAGAAGCUGUGCUUCUCCUGCUACGCCGAAUGUGGAGGAGGACUGGGUACCUCCACAGUUAGCCGAGCCCAACGUCCCCCCUUUUAGUGCCAACGCAGGCAUUAAUGUUAAUGUGGAUGGCUUCUCCCCAAUGCAGUAGGGGCUACCAUCUGGGAGGAGAUUGCUCCCCAGACUAACUUGUAUGCUACCCAAUUUAUUGAUAACAAUCCAGGAGCUAUACAGUCAAGGAGCAUGACUGGCAUCCCACAGAUGUCCCAGAGCUUAAAAAAUUCUGGUCUCUUACAAUUAUAAAGAAGCCAUCCAUUCGCUCAUACUGGAGCACCAACCCAAUAAUAUCUAGUCCAGUAUUCUCCCAAACCAUGCCUAGAGCCAGAUACAAGUUACUGCUGAGAUUUUUACAUUUCAGUGACAAUACCCUCUGUCACCCUAGAGAACACCCCCAAUAUGAAAGGCUUCAUAAAAUACGCCCACUGCUAGACCAUUUUCAGGACAAAUUUUCUGAUGUUUAUACCCCCCAACAAAAUGUAUCCAUAGAUGAAUCGCUAAUGAAAUACAAAGGGAGAUUAGGGUUCAGACAAUACAUCCCCUCAAAGCGCUCUAGGUAUGGCAUAACACUGUACAAACGGUGCGAGAGCGAAAGUGGAUACACGUUUGCCUUUCGUGUAUAUGAGGGGAAAGAUGGUCAACUGGACCCUCCUGGCUGUCCUGACUCACUGGGGUCAAGUGGGAAACUUGUAUGGGACCUACUAAACCCCUUGUUUAAUAAAGGUUACCACCUUUAUGUGGAUAAUUUUUAUAGUAGUGUCCAUCUGUUUAAAACGCUUUAUGGUUUACGGACACUGGCCUGCGGUACUGCCAGAAAAAAUUCCAAAGACUUUCCACGAUCUCUCAUAGAGGCAAAAUUAAAAAAAGGCGAAUGUAAAGCACUUCGCAAAGCUGAAGUGCUUGCACUAAAAUUUUGGGACAGGAAGGAUUUAAACAUGCUAACCACCAUCCAUGACGAACGCAUGUCAGACGUCUCUGUCCGGGGCAGAGUAGAGUCCACACUGGUUUGCAUCAGGGCGUAUAAUAAGUACAUGGGGGUGUUGAUUUGGCUGAUCAGCUGAUGCAGCCAUUUCUUAUUUUAUGAAAAACCAAAGCAUGGUAUAAAAAGGUGGCUAUCUAUCUAAUGCAAAUAGCAACCCACAACUCAUAAUUUUUUUUUUAAAUAAUCCAGGGAAAAACACCUUUCUCCAAUUUCAGUUGAAAAUAAGUUCUUUAACAAUUUAUGGAGAUGGACAAGUUCCAACAACGGUGCAAGCUGAGUCCUGACAUUUUAUUUUUAAGUUACCGCCAACUGCUAGAAAAAAAACCCCCAGAAACGUUGCCAGGUCUGUUUUAAAAGCGGGAAAAGGACAGACACCCCUUUUCACUGUCCUGAUUGCCCUUCGAAACCAGGACUGUGUGUAAGAACAUGUUUCAAGCUGUACCACACAGAACAGUUGUAAGAAGUGUUCCUGAAUUUUUAUUUUAUUUUUUGUUUCUUUGGAAAGCAGCCAUUUUUUGUUAGUCAGUUUCCUUCCCCCAAAUCUCCAGCUAGAUUCUAUUUGCAGGAGUCCGUUUAAAGAUUGCUGCUAAAUGUACAUUUGCUACCUGCACAUUUGGUCUAACAAGUUUUCUGGCAGUAACACAUAACCAGCUGGCCAAAACCAGAUGACGUGUGCAUAAAAACCAGAAUUAAAAUAAAUUACCACUACACUUUCUCUGUUAUUUUGGGGGGCAAAAUGGUUCGGGGAAAGAAGUCAAAACACCCCAUCUAAUAUAACCUUUGAUGUGUAAUUUAUAAAAAAUAUAUACUUUCAUGAUGGUAACAUUAACUGGGGGGUGCAAAAAUAUGUCAAAUUGAAGAUAGACCAAACAUACCUAUAGAUCAAGUUGAAAAACUAAAUGUAAAAGUUCUGAUUGUUGCCUUUUGGCCCCCAAACAACCCAGCAACCCUAUAUAUGGGGGGUAUCACUGUACUCUGGAGAUGUUGCUGAACAUAUUGGGGUGUUGUUUGGCAGUGACACUUAACAGGAUCUGUUAAUUCAUGCCUAAAGUACAAUGUGUGUGACAAAAAAACAAAAAAAGAUUACUACCCAAAAGUUUGACAAAGGCUGGUGGUAGAAUUCAGUGCAUGGAAAGUGUUAAAAUACCCUGGGUUGUCUACUUUUCAAAAAUAUAUGGUUUGAUGGGGGUAAAAUACAUUGGCUCAAAUGGGACAUGGGCGCAAGUUGAUUAAAUGUCAAAAUUCCAAGUUGGGAAACUGAUGAGCGCACCUGCCAAACGUGGCCUUUUAACCCCCAACGAACCCGACAGGCCUAUGCAUGGGUGGUAUCACUGUACUCAGGAGAUCUUGCUGAACACAUUGGGGUGUUGUUUGGCAGUGACACAUAACAGGAUCUGUUAAUUCAUGCCUAAAGUACAAUGUGUUUGGGAAAAAAAUGUACUACCUCAAUGUUUGACAAAGCCUGGUGGUAGAAUUAGUGCAUGGAAAGUGUUAAAAUACCACCAUGUGAAAUACCCUAGGGUGUCUACUUUUCAAAAAUAUAUGGUUUGAUGGGGGUAAAAUACGUUGGCCGGCUUCAAAAAUGUACCAAAUAGGACAUGCAUUAAGGUUGACUACAUGUCAAAAUUACAAGCUGGGAAACUGCGCACCUGCCAAAUGUCGCCUUUUAGCCCCCCCCAACAACCAGACACACCUAUACAUGGAGGGUAUCCCUGUACUCGGGAGAUGUUGCUGAACACAUAUUGGGGUGUUGUUUGGCAGUGACACCUAACAGAAUCUGUGAAUUUAUACCUGAAUUGCAAUGUAUGUGAAAAUAAAUAAAUAACUACCUAUGCAAAGUUUGGCAAAGGUUUGUGGUAAAAUGGCUGCAUAGAAAGUAUCAAAAUAUUCUUAGAUGAAUACCCUGGGUUAUCUAGUUUAAGAAAAAUAUAUACAUGUGGGGUGUUUUUUGGAGAUUUAUGACAUAAGUGUUACAAUGUCACUAUUGAUAUAUUUGAAAAAUGUACAUUUUGAAACAGCAAUUUCCUACUUGUACUUAUAGCCCUAUAACUUGCAAAUAAAAGCAAAAAAACACGUAAACAUUGGGUUUUUUAAAACUCAGGACAAAAUUUUGAAUCCAUCUAGCAGUUUUUCAUUCGAUUUGUGUAGAUCAGUAAUAGAUUUUUUUUUAAGUGUUUUAUGUUUUUUUAAUUUUUCACCACAUUUUAUUUUUUUUUAAAUUAAAUUAUAUGACAUAAAAAUAAUAGUAUGUAAAGAAAGCCCUUUUUGUCUUGAAAAAAACAAUAUAUAAUUUGUAUCGGAACAGUAAAUGAGAGAGCGGAAAAUUACAGCUAAACACAAACACAACAAAAGUGUUAAAAUUGCUCUGGUCCUUAACGUACAAACAUCGCAAAAACAGUCCGGUCCUAAAGGGGUUAAAGGAACACUCUGGGCAUGAAAACAACUUAAUUGAAAUUAAUUUGUAACAGUGCCACGAAGUUCCUGUUGCUGGCUUGCCUUUUGGGUUAAAAAACUGUUGUUAACUAUGGUAUUCUAUUCAGCACCAUUUAGGUCUACCCGUUUAGGUCCUUCCACUUUUCUGAGAUUCUACAAAUCGUAAUCCUAAAACUGCCACGGACAGGGGCACCAUGAUAGCCCGAGAGCAUCAGCUGACACUGUACGGCAAUUCGUAGUUCAUCAUUCAUAAACAUGCAUGGGUUUUUUAAGCACUUUUACGUUUACGGCAUUCUGGGGUUUCUUGUUUGAAGACUUUCAGAUGCUGAAGAACUGGGGUAGAACUAUGCAACUGUGGAGAGAAGACUUUGAGGUUAAACCGUUCAACCCCUAAAAGCAAACUUCUGCCAGAUACCUCCUGGAACCAUAACAACUUCAUUUUUGUUUAAGUUGUUGUGUGCCCAGAGGUUCUCUUUUAAAGCUUCCAUAUAAAACCCUGUUCCAGAACCAAUAAAACAUUAAAGGGUUACUCCAAGCACCAUAACCACUUAAUUGUGCACUGCACAUACGGAGUUUAACCCCUUUCAUUUUGGAGGUGUAGUAACUUCACCUCCGGCACUGUCAUUGGGGUGUCACAAGUUCUAGACUGGCUGAUGUCAAUUCUGUGCAUAUUUCAGUGCAAAGAAUAUCAUUCGUUGACUAAGAGCAAUCAGCUGAUGCUCACAUCCAUUGAAUGGCUGUAGGGGCCAUAAUCAAGCUUCUGCAGCUCUGUCAACCUUUUCUUAGGAUCUGAAUCUGCAUAUAUUUCUUCCCUGUCUGUCUGUACAUCUCCAAUUGAUGUGCUGCAUGAGUGGAAGUGGUGACAAUAUGAUGUUCCAACUAAACUCAAAUACUAAUAAUUGCAAAUUCGUCAUGAAGGUAAAAUUCAGUCAGCUAUGUUUCCACUGUGUCUAUUUUGACAUUAAAUUUCAUUUUCACUUUGAAUUCCCAACAGUUCUUCCCUAAAUUAAUAAGUUUGAAACUCGUGUCUUAAACAGUUUGCCUUUAGUGAUCUGCCCCACAGGAGAAUCAAUAUCAUAAAUAUACCUUUAAUCUAUACUUGAAAUAUAUGUCACUGACCGUAAGGAAAAAAAAAAAAAAAAAAAUGACCGCACAUGAUGCUUGUAGGUUGGAUGGUUUUAGUGACAUUUUAAUAAGAUCUUUGUACACAACUUUAUAGUUAACUAAAUGUUAGCUAUAUGUUCUGGUCGUAUAAUCUAUUCAGAAGGUAUUUGUUCCUUUUUUAGUUUUACAUUAUUUGCAAGGCUGUCAAAGAACAGCCUGGCAAGCCACUGUAAAUCAGUCUUUCCCAGUGAGUGAAUAACUGUGAAAAAGUGAAAGGUGAGUGCACAGGUCAUUAUGGUAAUAGAAGGCCUACAUGUCUGAGCCACUAAAAAUUAUAUAUGGAAAACACAAGAGACCGGAAGGUAGGGAGAAAAGAACCUACCCACCUCCCGUCUCUCGAGUAAAUAAGGUCACUUAGACUGGGUAAUAGGGGAUAACCCAAAAAAUUAUAAAUUAGAAAAUAAUACCCAAAAAGCUACCUUACUAGAAGAUAGCCAAUAGGAGAAAGACCCAGUCCAAUCAUAACAGUAAGUGUAAAAAUAAAAAAAUAAAAAACUUUAUUAGAAUCUAGUAAAAAAACUGGGACUAGACGAAGGUAUCUAGAAUCUCAUAUGGAGAGAGGUGUAGCAUACUAAAAGGCUAAUAAUAAGCCUAAUAUGGUAAAGGUCCUAAAAAAAGGGGGACAAUAGACUAAAUAGUGCACACAUAGAGCAAAGAAGACAUGGAAGGAGGGAAAGGAGGGAGGGUUAAUUGAGUAGGUCCAGAAUAUGCAGUAACCCAAAAAGGGGUCAUAAAACCCCAAAUUACGUAAAGGGAUGCAAAUAGCAAUACUAAACCCAUAAGCAUAAACCCUUUCCCAAACCAAAAAAAUCCCAAAGUACAACCAUCUCUCUGAGCUAACACUCUAUCUCCCUUUUAACACCUUCAUGGGUGUUCUGAUCUAGUAACUCGACCUAGAUAACUGUAGCCCCAGGUGAAUGAUACAAAAAUAUCAUUAGUGCUAACACACAAAAUAAAUAAACCCGACGCGCGUUUCGGCGUAACCGCACGCCGUCCUCGGGGGUAUCGCAUGUCUGAGCCACUACCUAGAACGGGUAUAGGCAACCUCCGGCACUCCAGAUGUUUUGGACUACAUCUCCCAUAAUGCUGGAAAAGCAUCAUGGGAGAUGUAGUCCAAAACACCUGGCGUACCGAAGGUUGCCUGACCUAGAACCUAGGUAAGGUGCUUUAUACUUUUCCCAAUGCACAUCUCGCUGCGGUAGAGGUCGCAGCUCUGCUCAAAAGUUGCUGCAGGCACAAUAACGUCAAAGUGCAUUUUGUUGUCAUAUAAUUUAACUCUCCCUCCUCACAAUAAGAAAUAAUGCAUGUUUUUAAUGGAUAGGUUCUAUACCAUAAUGCCAUCCUCUGCUCUCAUUCCAGUUAGUAUUGCAAGUAUUGCAGUAAUUGACAUAAUUGUAGAUGUGAACCCUAUAUUAUUGUCCUAAUCCUUGGGGCUCUGCAGGAUUCAGUUGUGUGCCUCUAAUUCUUGUGGACAUCGGAGAUAUCCGGAACUGUACAAGCCAUAGUAGCUUUAUGCAGACACCCUCUUUCUGAUCCCCUUAGUAGUUCUGAACCCUUGCUAUUAGUAUAGGGGGACAAGAAUUGUCUAGAAUAUCUCCGCCUUCUUGGUUUGGGGGAUAGGGUGUAGGAUCAGAAGGUAGGAUGAACUGAAAUAACAUUUUUAUUUUUUUGCUUGACAUAUUGCAUGACACCAAAGAAACACGUUACUGUGGGUCUACCAUACAUUUGAUGUUGUUUUACACAUAUACAGAUAAUGCAAAAAAAAUAGAUAUUACCUCUGCAUGUGAUUUUAAACAUCAAAGCACAUGGAGGUGAUACUUUUCUAGUGAUGUCAGCUAAAAUCCAAAGCUGCCUGAUAUCUCUCAAGUCCCUUCUGGUCUUUCCUUUAUUUCUACUUGAAAAUUGUUGAGCAUAAUAGUAUGUACCUGCUUAGUUGUGCGUGCUGGAGACUGUAUUCUAUUGCAGGGUUCUUUGUGCAUCCUUGGUUACUACAUUCCAUGAGUCUGCCAAUCAAAUAAAAAGAAUCCAAGAACAGUACAUUGAGAUAUUCAAAACUUAAAACAUAUUUGAAUGUAAUUUUUUUUUUAAAUGUAGUAUUUAAGACUAUCACAGAAUACUAAAUGAACGUGUCCUUCUUUCCAGAAACGGCAUAAAGCAGACACUCAUGUGAACAAGAAAAACACACAAGGUAUGUUAUCUAGUGUUUGUUUUUGCCUUUUUUUUCCUGCAUUUGAUUGUUUGCACGUGUUAAGUGCUACAUAUUUCUUGGUAUCACUGGAACGUGUAGGCAUGGUUUAAGAAAGGAAUGUGCUGGCUUUCUGUAGCAAGGAUAUCUAUUGCAAAGACACCGUGUACCCAAGUUGGUGUUAUGGAACCUUGCAUGACACAUUUGUAAUUUGCUGUAUAAUUUCAAACAACAUGCCUGUUUGGUGCCACGCUAUUAGAUCUAGGGAAGACUCCGGAUCUGUUCUAAUUUUAUACCUGUAUCAGAUGUUUACUAGCUCCCAUUGGUCAAAUGCCUUAGGUCUGUUUUCUUGUUUGUAGAAGCUGAAGCUUAACAGUAAUUUCUUUGCAGGAAAUGCUUUGCCUAUAAAAUGGACACCAGUCAAAUAUAUUCCUGCCUUGCUCAGAUUUAUCCUGUUGAAAUGUAUUUAUUUUAUAAAAAAUAAUUUUGGAUUAACAUGUGUCAAAACAACCUGUUUGGUUUUGUGAGUGAGGUCAAAUAUAAACUUGCUAAAUAAACGGAUGAGCGUUUUCCAAGUAUUCCUUGGAUUAACAAAGCAUAUCCUUCUAUAGUCCUAAUAUAAUUGAAUUAUCGGUAUAACUUUGUAUGUCACAAGUUGCAUUUGCUCUCCUAAGGCUGUGCUUUGCAUUUGGGAUUUAUUUGCUAAGCAGUAAAUUGUGAUGGAUUCAAAACUGAAAUCGCAAUACUUAUUCCAAAAUAGCUGAGAGAAAUUUCUCAAAUUUGCAUAUAGGUUCACUUUGGUGAUCUUUUCCCAUAAUUCACCAUUUCUAAUUAUCUGAUAAAAUAGUUUGACAUGUUAUCACUGCUCAAUGUCUUUGCUUCUUUCAGUGCUGAGAAAUGGUGCGUGGGAAAUAGUACACUGGGAAAAGGUAGGAUAUCUAGUUCAUUUUCUUUUUACAAAUAUAAAUUAAUAUGACGACUUUCCUUACAUUUUUUUUUUUUUGUACCCGAUAGAAAUUAUGAUUAUCACAAUAAAUGCUUUUUAUAGCCUAAGCCAAUGUAUUUUAGUAUUAUGUUACAGCUGUGGAAAUCCAUAGUUUGAAAACAAGGGAAAUUGUAGUCACCAGAACCACUAUUAAAGUAAUGGUUCUUUUUGUAGAAUGUCCCAGCAGGCCGAGCAAUUAAAACACUGCCUUUUCAUAGCUACCUAGUGACACCUUUAUUGGCAGUCACUCAGGUGGCCACUAGAGGUACUUCCUAUGUCAGUGUCACACCUUAGGUCAGCAUCUCCAUUCCUAACACUGUAGUAUUCCUUUAACCCUGGAGGCGUCUUAUGUGAGUAGGUUUUAACUAAUUUAAUAGCCUAUUUAUAUAAACCAUCAACAUGACAAAACGGUGAAAAAAAUACUAUAGUGUUACACGUAUUACUGAAGCAAUAGUGUUCUAUUCAUAAUUUUAGAUUCAGGGACCAUGUGGCCUCUAGUUGCCAUGUUCUGCAGGUUGUCUCAUAUUUGUUUUUCCAUCCAAUACUUCUCAUAGAGAAGCAUUGAGGACAAGGACGCGGCAAGCACAGUGGUCAUAUAAUGCCUACAAGCUCCCUAUAUGCAUUUGAAGAUCAAAGUUGAACAUCACAUAACAGAGUCAAACUCCAUCGUACCAGCAGAAGCACUCUCUAAUGGCUGUCCGUAAAACAGCCGCCAGUGGUGUGUUUAGUUCUAAAAUGAAAACAUUGCCAUAUCUACAAAAUAGCAAUGAUUUUACAUUGCAGGACUAAAAGGACAGUACAAUGUACCCAGACUACUUCGUUGAGAUGAUGCAGUCUGGAUGCCUAUUCUGAUUCUUUUAAAGACUGACCUAUUGAGUCUUUAUAAUAAACAUUAAGCUGACCCACAGCCUCACCCCAAGAAACACCAUUAGACUACUUGCAUCAAUGGUAGUUUAUAUAAAUUACUUUUAUUUGUCUAUGUAAACAGUUUAUUUAACAAACCGGAUCAUCAACAGUUCUCCUCCUUUAUUUAGAGAACAUCGUAAAGCAAACUUUUUAGAAAUAUUUUGCUUUGUAUUGUUCCUGAAUAUUUGCCAACCUGUGGAAAAACCAUUCAUAUUGUAAAACAUGUGCAACCAUCAAUAGACAGUACAGCUGUUGUGGAACUGCAACUCCCAUAAGGCUUUGGAGCCACAACUGGAAAGGGAUUUGUUGGCCAACCUCUCUGUUCAUCCUGAAGGUAUGCCUUGGCCAAUUGAGUGAAACAUUGCAUAGUUUUUUAUAAUUUAUUAUUAAAGCCAGUAGAAAGAAAAGUGGAAGAUUCAGAUGAGAUUUCCUGUAAUGGCCUUCACUGUAAUGGAGGUGCCAAGAGACACAUUAGAAAUGGAAAGCUGAUCGUAAUGCAGUUAUGUUAAUGGCCACAUGUUCUAAAUCUUUAAUGUGUUCUUCUCUAUUCAACUAACUGGAAAUAAUUGAUCUUCAUUGCAAUGGAGUAUGGGAGCCUCUAUUUUUGGCAUUGCAUUUGGUUUGUCUUCUUUAACCCUAUUGUCUCCAGGCUCUAGUUUGGCUGUCAUCCUAGUUAAUGGGUUCAUGGAAGUUGCACUUAACAAAUAAGGAUAAUUGGCUGUCUAACAGCUGCUAAGCAUAUCCAUAUAACCCGAGCAGUCACAAUGAGCCAAUAAACAUUAAGGAUCUCUUAUUUAUAAGUGUGUCUCCCCUUCUAUGCAUUUAAACAAGGAUUUAAUUUGAUAAUCCAUGACCCUCAUCCAUUCUCCCUCUAUACCCAUAUGUCCUCAGGAGGAGGAGUGCUUGGUUACUGCAACAGACCUUUUCUUCUCCUGCAAAUUAGGCAACAUUUCUUUGCCUUUUGUUCAAGAUGUAUCCCAAGGAAUACUGCACAGAGUUAUGUUUAUCUCAUGUAGAAAUGCACUUGAUUUUCUCUGAAUAAAAUUCAGCACAGCACCUAAAUGCAAUGGGCAGGAAUGCAUUUAAAUUAGCUGUCCAGCAUACAAUUUAUUGUACUGUGAGAGGCAGCCUAGCAUAUAUUUUUCUAGCACUUCUUGUAUGAGGCCUUGGAGCCUGCUAAAUACAACGAGAUUACAUUGUUACAUUAAAUAAAAAGCUUCUGGUAACAAAAAGCUUUAAUUAGACGUUCUGUAAGACUGUUUGAAGAGAGAACAGAGUCCAUUUAAUCAGAGAUUCCUCUUUAACAGGUUAUAUCAUUUUGUUGGCAACUAAUCUUCUGUGUUGCAAAAGCCAAAGAACACUUAUAGAUAAUUUGCAUGCCAAUGCCACUUUAAAAACAUAAAAACCCACAUUCCAGUGUAGCAGUUCUUUACAUGCCAAUAUGGCACUUGUGGUAAAAUUUUGUCUCCAUCCCAAUGAAAUAGACUUUUUGUAUGAGCAAGUUAUCAUUUAGAAUUGGUGCAUAGACGCACACAUUUAAACAUUUAGCAUUUUUUUUUUGCAUUUAAACUGGUUACAUGUAGAUUGACGCAGUAACAUGCAUCAGCUUAAAGGGACACUAUAGGAACUAAAACAACUUUUACUUAUAAUCUUAUAAAAGUUUACUUAACCGUGUAUACGUCAUGUCCCUGCAUUCUCACAGCUCAAUUCUCUGCCAUUUAGGAGUUGCAUCACAUCUGUUUUUGUUUAUGCAGCCCUAGCCACACCUGCCCUAGAUGUGACUGACACAGCCUGCAUGAAAACAUAAUGGUUUCAUUUUCUUGCUCUAUCGGUUUUAUCUCCUUCUCUGUAAAUUGAACUUGAAUCACACAAAGGAGACUUCUGCGGGUUCUUGCAAGUUAUUAACAGAGCUGGAGAUAAGAAAUUCUCAAUUAAGCAGAAUGUGCAAUAAAAGAAGUUUAAACAUUGGAUCUCUCUUCACAGAAAGUGUUUAGGACAGUCGCUGCGAGUUGCGCAGCGAACUGUGGCUAAGUCUGCAUAAAGAGGGAUUUAACACCUAAAUGGCAGCGAAUUGAGCAGUGAGAUUGCAGAGACAUGAUCUGUAAAUCAAAACUGCUUAAUUAAGCUAAAGUAGUUUAUUUUUUUUGGUGCUUAUAGUGUCCCUUUUAGUAGGUUUGUUUAUUUUUACUUUGUUGUAUUUAUUUAUUUUUUUGUUAAAUUGUUUAGGAUCUCUGUGAUAACUACAAGUAGACAAGGAAACCAGCUUCUUUAAAUCACACAGAUGCUAGGUACAUUCAUUUACAUUGGCUUAGGCAGAUGUUCUGCUCUUAUUUGUUUUACAUCAUGGGCUCCCUUUAAAAAUAAAUAAAAGCCAUUAAACUGUAACCCAGUACUGGGAGGAUUUGUGCUUAAAAGACCACUCUAGGCACCCAGACCACUUCAGCUUAAUGAAGUGGUCUGGGUGCCAAGUCCCUCUAGGGUUAACCCAUUUUUUUUACAAGCAUAGCCGUUUCAUAGAAACUGCUAUGUUUAUAAAUGGGUUAAUCCAGCCUCUAAAGCCUCUAGUGGCUGUCUCAUUGACAGCCGCUAGAGGCGUUUGCGUGCUUCUCAGUGUGAAAAUCACAGAAGACGCCAGCGUCCAUAGGAAAGCAUUAUGAAUGCUUUCCUAUGAGACUGGCUGAAUGCGUGCACAGCUCCUGCCGCGCAUGCACAUUCAGCCGGAGAGGAGGAGAGCUCCCCUCCCGGCGUUGGAAAAAAGGUAAGACUUAACCCUUUCCUUGCCAUCCAGCCCGGCGGGAGGAGGACCCCGAGGGUGGGGGCACUAUAGGGCCAGGAAAACAAGUAUGUUUUCCUGGCACUAUAGUGGUCCUUUAAGCAAAGACAUAAGCAAAACUGCCUCUGUCAAUGAUAAAUUAGCUGAUGUUAGUUGGAAUUGUUGUGCAACUGCUGGAGGUUCACAGUAGCCUUUCCUUGAUGUACAAUGACUAUCUAAUAGUUUUUAAUGCUUCACAUUUUGGUCAAAGGCCUACAGUAUUGGCUUUAACCCAAGUCUAUAUUUCUGUUUGCAGACAAUUAACCAGUUCCCAGUUUUCUUUCAGAUAGAUGUUGGAGAUAUAGUUAAAAUAAAUGGCAAAGAGUAUAUACCCGCUGACUCUAUAUUUCUCUCAUCAAGGUAGAGACACCUGCUGUUACUAACACUGUAGAGUCUGGUUUCUCUACCCUGUAUUGACUUAUAAUUGUUCCAAGGAAAUGAUGAUGACGCAAGGUUUUUAUUUUAAAAAGUAUUUAUCCAGUAAAAUAAUGAUCACCUCACUGACUAUGUACUUCUAGCAUCAGAGGCCAUAGCAAUAUAUGUGUAAAAUCUGUAAGGUUUGUGUCUUAUUGUAAGAAAUGUUCCCAGAAGGCUAUUGGUUAAUAAGCCUUUGAUGGUAUUUAAGCCAGCCUAUAUCUGCAUUUCCUUGGAAGUUUAAUUCGAUACAUUAAUGUGAUCUUGCAUGUUCUCACAAUCUAUUUUGCCAUCAGGUCUCAACAUAAGCAAACCCUAAUCAACACCAGAAAGUUCACUGUGAAUAAUAAUUAUAGAACACUAUUCUGGAAAUAAUGAUGCAGUGGAUGUAUUCUUUCCCUGACUUGUGCGUUCUUAAUUUACACCUUAAACACCAAAGUCUGUCACCCUCUUGUUCUGUUACCAAGUUGUCUAAAAAUAAGCGCAUCAGAUGUGCUGUUCACAUUUUUCUAUAAAGCAUAUUUUUCUUUCUUGUUGCCCUGCUCUUAAAGCAAACCAGCACCCAAUGGAUUUAUGAACAGAGUGGAUAUUUGCUUUCUGUUGCAGCUCUACCAUACAGCAGCUAUGCCACAUCACAUAAUGUCUCAUUCCAUCGUCUCACUUUAUACUUCACACCUGACCUGAUUCAAAGUAGAUUUUGAAAACUCCAACCCUUGUAUUAUUAACCCAAUGUUUUUCCUUGAUCUCCACAGUUUUGUCUGUGUAUGUUUUGUUUCAUUUUGUUACUCAUUUUUUUUUUUUUUUGUCCUGAUCAUUUUCAUAUUGGGAUACAUAGGUGGCUGUAGGGGAGAUAGUGAAAGUGACCAAUGGGGAACAUCUCCCAGCAGAUCUCAUCAGUCUUUCGUCCAGGUCAGGAUGGUGGCGGUGCAGAACAUGUGCAAGUGGAUCCUCCUUACCUGAGCUUCUUGCCGUUGACCAUUCAGAUAACUGACCAAAAUUUAGAUCAAUGUACAGGCAGUUAAUUUGCACUAGUCCACUCACCUGUGCAUUUUCAUCCACGUUAUAUGAAUGGUCUAAUACUACACAUUUCUGAUUUGGUUUGGCUUGUUCUGAUUCGUAUUUGGAAUGACCUUAAUAUAUGUAGAAGACUGAUAAAACAAGUAUUUUGAAUAGACAAAGCACUUGUCAUUGUAGGAUUAUUUUACGAACAAGGAGAAAAUAGUAUUGUGUAUAACCCAGGAAUGGUCAACAGGUAGAUUACCAGCUGUUGUAGGUCUACAUCUUCCUCUGUGGGAAUCUUUGUUCUACAACAGCUGAAGUUGUAACAUUUUACCCACUUACCAGCUUAUUUUUACUUAUGUGGCAAAACAAUCGAACCAUGACUGGUUUACUGUAGGUAUUGAGAAAUAAAAUAGCAUGCCACAUUAAAAUAACAUUUCUCAAAAACAUGAUCCAUAACAGCUGGACCAUAAACACAGGGUUGUUUUAUACAUUGGUAGACAGAUUUUUAGAAUACAAGGCCAGCUCAGAAUAAUGUGUCUUGAAGAGGAUCCCUUGCACAAACCAAAAAACUGCACUUUUUAAUAUGAAGCAUGCAAUCCUAUAACUGGUUUUCUUUGAUUUUUGUGCAUGUUUCAACACUUUCACUUUCUUUUCAUUUUUAUUGUUUUUUUUUUUUUUUUUAAUAUGGCAAUAAAAUGGCUUUUACUCUAAUCCACUCAAGCAAUUCUUUUACAGUUUGUGUUUUGGUCUUGUUUGAAAGCAGCUUGCUUCAGUUUCCCCUCCCUUACUAAUUCUGAUUAAAGAAGAGUAUUGCAUUUGCAUAUAAUAUUGGAGGUGCUUUUUGGUUUUACUUCUGGGCAUGCAGAACUUUGCUUUUAAAUGCAUGAAGCCAAUGAUAUCCACUUAAUGCAUGUUGGCUCUGAUGCAUUUAAUGUUGAGCACAUUACAGUAAUCCUUGGAUUUGUCCAUUUGUCACUCAUGGUUUAUGUGGUUUUCCUCUCCAAUAGGUUGAUACGCUUAAAACAGUAAAUUAAGUAUACAAUUAGACCACAAGUCACUCAAGUGAUUUGAGAUAUAUAUAUCCAUCAUUUAAUGGUCUUUUUUUCUUUUUUUUAAUAGUAUGAAUUUUUUAUUUUUUUUUUUCAAUUUCACGACUGAUGCAGCCAGAAAUACUCUAAAAUUAUCUUGUCAGGGUAGCAUUUUAAGGAUGUGACCCUUCUGUAUACUAUAUAUCUCAAUAAAAAAAAAAUAAAGCCCACAUUUCCAAAAUUCUAUAAAUAUCGACCUUAAGAUUUUACCUGCUUUUGAUAAAGGGGUAGGACAUCUUCCAAAAUUAUUUGUAAAUGAAUGCUUUCUCUUCUCUCGCCUCAUUGAGGUUGUUUUGGACUUGUAUGGCUUGUUAAAUCUUUUGUAUGUCUCAAUAUAUGAAUAAUAAAAACUCCUAUCAUCUUUUGACAACAGUGAGCCUCAAGCCAUGUGCUACAUUGAAACCUCAAACCUAGAUGGAGAAACAAAUCUUAAAAUCCGACAGGUAAGCCUUUUAUACUUCUAAUAUUUGAAAAAAAUCAUAUGAAUGUAUUUUUGGAUAUGUUGGCAAUUAUUUGGAUUGCGUAGUAUUUUGUUAUCUUGAAAAUCUAGAAAAUUUGUUUCUCAGCAAAAUCUUUUUUUUUUGUGGGGCUCUUCUUUGAACAGUCUACAUCCCUGUAGUGUUUAUUUUCAGGUCUUCAGUUUAUAAGUAUAUUUUACUAUUUAAUAAAUAGAUUUCUAAGCAGUGUAUCUAUGUAUUAAGGUAACAUACAAAUUAGUAUUUCAUAAAGAUGUUAUCCUUCUGAAAUACUUUGUGGCACUGUCAUCGUUAUACCACUUUUAAGUAAUAAUCAGGGAGUUAUUUCUCAUUGACAUACAAAUGAAAGUAACAGUCAAGGCAGAACGACAGAAUACAAUAUUUAAUUAUUUUAGAAUUGCAAAUAACAUCUCUAAAAUUUUUUAUUUUUUUUAAAAAAAGUGUUGGGCUGGCGUCCUUGAGCCCCUAUCUAGGAGAGUUGCAAUGUGUUCCAUAAAUAGGGGCCCUGUCCUGAAGAUACAUUUUACAGAGACCGACAAAUGCUUUGAUUUCAAUAAAGAUUAGUGAGGACAUUUGGCAUCAAAGCAGACAUCAGAAAAAAAUUCCUGUAGUGACCCAGGAGAAUUCUGGAUUUCCCUGGGGCUUAUUUGAUUAUACAUUUGGUUAAGCUUUAUAUUGUUUAGUGAUUAUUACUAAAAAGGAAUUGCUAAUAAUGGGUUCUCAACUUUUAUUUCAGGGUAUGUCUCAAACCUCAGAAAUGAAGGAUAUCGAUACACUGAUGAGCAUCUCUGGCAGGAUUGAAUGUGAAAGUCCUAAUAGACAUCUAUAUGACUUUAAUGGAAACAUCCGGCUAGAUGGACAGGGGUGUGUAGAUCUCUGUUAAAAUACAUUCUUAUGUAAAAUUUAUGUGUUGUAAAGCAGCUGUUUCACUUUUAAAGGUUUUUACAGAUUUUGCAAAUACAACUGAAGUUUACGUGCCUUCUUAGUUAGCUACAUCUGGGAGGUAAAAGCUGAAGAGCGAUGUACUUGCCUGAAGUUGUCCCUCAUGAGAAGGUGUCCAUGCUCAAGAGUACAACACAGAGGUCUAUGGAGGGUUCUGCAAGAUCUCAGGAUCCUUCAUUUAAUUUAUUUCAGUGUUUAAGAAGCCUUUUGCCCACAGCCUUUGCCAAGAACAGCUGUGAGAAUAUUGAUAGCAAAAGCUCCACUUAUCAAGUUUAGUCAUUUUUGGGCUUCCUCUAUAAGACAAAGUAGUGUCUGAGUUGUCAUUAUGAGGAAGUUUGGUGUUACAAAAAGUAAAACUAACUUCCCUUUUAGAUAUUUAACAUGUUCACAUUUUAUAUCGUUAGAACCACUUCCCUUUCACCCAGCAGAACGAUGUCAGUUGUUGUUUUUUUUUUUUUUACAUUUUUAUUCAUUUUCAUAUUUUGACAUUAAUAUGGCAAUAACAGUAUAAAAGUAUCUUAUUGAUUAAAUACAAUAUUACAUAACAAAUACUUGCACACAAGACAACUAGUCUAAAUAAUAGCUGGAGCUAUUGAUUUAAAAAAAAAAAAACAAACAGAAUGCACAAGUUCUCAGUCUCAAAACUCCCUUAUUUGCAAAUCCAAGACCAUUAUCCAUUUAUCCCAUAUGUUGUAUUUCUUUUGAUUAAUACAGAAGCUAGAAGUGAUUGCCUGUUCCAUUCUGCACUGAAAUUUCACUUUCUUUGAUUUGUGGCCACAUAUCUGCUUUAUCAGUUUUCAAAUUUUUAGCAAUAGAACAUUUAGAGGCCAUCAAGAUGUGGGGAAAAUGUUUUAUUUUUUUUAUUUUUGGCAAACAUUGGUAAAUGUAAGUGGAGAAGGGCCAUUUUAGCCAUUCAUAUCUGAUUCAAGUUAAGCAAAUUAUUAAUCAUAGAAAAUAGUACAGUCCAGCCUGUUUUAAUCAUUAGGCAUUCCCAACAUAUAUGUAACUCAUCUGCCCUUUCAGAUAAACUUUUCCAACAGAUAUAUCGGUCCUGAGUUUAAGAAACGUAAUUCUAAUAUAAUCGAAUAUCUCCUGGUCAGGAAUAUUGUACACUUGCAAGUUUUGAAAAAUUAUAGGGCCCGAUUUAUUCCAUAUCCGAGAUCUUUAUAAUCCCUAGCUGUUUCUACUUUGCACCAUCUAGGUUUUCCAUUAUAUGCAUAAAAUAGAAGAGAGGCAAUGCUGGUAGAAUCCUGUUUUUUAAAUUUGUAUGUUUCUUAAAGUGGUUCCAAUAAUUUAACAAAUUCUGUAGGAUUAAAUUCUCUAUAUGGCAUUCUUUCUGUUUGGUACUAUAUUUAUUGCAAGUACGUGGCCACAGAUAGUUAAUCAUUUUCAUUGGAUAGUCUAUAAUCCCUUCAAUACACUUUUUUGUGUUUUGCAGCCAUGUUAUAGUGUUCGUGGUAUAACUAGGAGCGCUGUUGCAUUCUUUAUAUUUCACAUCCAGAAAUGAGUCAUGCGUUCGAAAGGGGUUUGAUUUAUAUGUUUUUAAUUGGCCUUUUAAAUAAGUAGAUUUGGGUGCAUAUAUAAAGAUCUAAACAUUAGUGGAGAAUGGACUGUGGCAGAACAAAAUAGCGUGUCUCUCUAAACAAAAUGCUAUCUCUCCCUUCUCUGUGAAAAGCUAAAGUUUUUCAGGAAGCAUCAAACUUUCAUUGUACAUGAAAACUCUCCUAAGUUCAUUAGCUGGUGAUCUGGAUUUAGGGAAUUGUAUUUCAGUAAGUCGCAGCAUAUGUUUAAAUACCCAUUAAUAAAAGUCCUCCUAUUUUACUGUUGUAUAAUAAAAGUUUAUGAUGUUUAGUUAUGCUUUAUUUAUAUGCACAAUUUUUAGUAUUCUUCUGGCAGUUGAUUUGAUCAUGUUAAAACACAUGUGAAAUGCCAAUUCCCAGUAUGGCCAUAUUUAAUAAAAGAACACUCUCCAUUGUUCCUAUCCAAAUGACAUAGAUACACUAUAUACAAAGCAGUCGCCACAUAAAUAUCUUCAUUAUAAAAUGUUUAACUGCUGCUCAUGGAGGUGAUCUUAGCUGCCAUAAUCAUUUAGAUUUUAAUUUAUGGACGUUGAAGAAUAUAAUUUGGAAUCUGCCAUAGCUUUAUCAUUUCUUGGCUUAGGUAGACUUACUAUGCUAUCCAUAAAUAUUUCAUAACUAUGGUUUUAGCAUUAUUCUUUUCUAAAGCUUUGUCAGAAAUAAUCCCUUGACAGUUGUCUGAUCUCUCCCAUUGAUGUAGAAAUAGAACGUAAUGCUUGAAAAAAAAUAUCUAGUAUUACAUGUCUUCUUUCGAAAUGAAACAGUUGGGUGACCACCUAGAGAGAGUGAUUGUUCCCAAAGUUAAAAAGUGAAAUCUAAUGAAGGGAUUACUCUGGUUUCAUUUUCAAAAGGCCGGAUGGCUUCAUUCCUCUUGAAGGGAAGCAGCCUAGUUCUGGAUGAUCACACAUCCAACAUCAAUAAAUAAUAUAUUGACAUCAUCUAGCAAGCACAAAAAUACGCUCUGGGACACAGCAUGAUGUUAACAGAGAGCAAGUGGAAAAUCCAAAAACUUUUUUUUUUUUUUUUUUUUAAUUCUUACCAUUCACUGUCUGUUGUGAUAAAUUGAACAUAAAAAGGGUCAAUAUCAAAUGCCCAUAACACUAAAACAGAACAGUGGGGUUAAGUACGCCCUGCAGCUUUUGUUAAUUAAGCCUUAUUUGUGUGCCUAUUGACAUAUACGUUACGGCAUUUUGCAUUAGAGGGUUAAAUUUUAUAAAAUGAUUUAACCUCAUCCCUAAACAUGUGAGAAACAGUCUGCUUUAAAUGCUUAAGUCACGGCUCCAUACAGGGUUAUUCACUAAAUGAUUGAGAAUUAAAUGUGAAUUUUAAAGGAAAAAAUAAAUAGCUAACAGAUAAUUUUUCAAGUUUUGCUCUUUUUGUUUUAAUUUUGUAAUUUACUUUUGGAUUCCUGAAAAUUCACAUUUUAGUUUACACAUAUAGCCUAUCCACAACUGCAUGCCUCCUAACAUUUCAAAUGGACAAAGAGGGUCACUUUUUAAUUUUAGGGGUGUGUGGGGGUUUUGGCCAUGGGAGCUCUUCUGAGAAAUUCUAAGAGGUGUACUAAUAAUUCAUGCAUCUAAACUGUAAUUUAGAACAAGAAUAAUGUAUCUUAUUUACACAGACUGAUUACUAAACCCAUUAGCGUGAGUCUUAUAAGCUCAAUAAUAUGGAGCUACUGGAAAAGAGGAAUAGAGUGAUUUGGGCCCAUAAUAGGGACUGCUUCUCCUAAAUAAAGACAAUUCAAAUUAUGAUAUAAGAUAAAGAAUAACAAUUGGUUCACUCUUAUUAUUUUCAAUAGACGUGUGCAUUCUGUUUUCAACGAAUUGCAAUUUUUCAGAAUUCUAGAACUUCGAAGCUCCAUAUGGACAUAUCACCAAAAAAAAAAAAAGACCGACAAUGGCUGAAUAUUGUCAUUUGCUUUGUGAUUUCUGUCCGUGACGCCAAAAAAAAAAGAUGAUUUAUAGUUGGGGUGCUAGACUAUGCACAUUAGGAGGGGCAGUCAAUGAUUGCCUUCAUUUUGAAUCGUUGUUCUGUUCUUACACGGUGCUAAAAAGCAACCUCUAUUGAAUUAGAAAUAAUAAAGAAUUUGUUUUUAUCUAUACAAAUGCAGUGUAACAGAGUACAUAAUGUUUGCAGAUGUCAGAUUUAAGAUUAACUGUACAAAUAAUACCAAAAUACAGUAAAAUUCUCCUUGUACUUUUGCCCAAACCAAGGAUGUCUUCUAAAAUGUUUAGUAAUGUCACUACGUUAAUCGCAAUAUAGAAAAGAAUGGCAAACAAUAAGCAUUGUCUGCUUUUAUCACCUCAUAAUGUUUAUAUUUAAAAGAAGUCCAGUGUCUGCAGGAGACAUAAAAAGCGUUUGUAAAUAUUUAAACCAUUUCUGUAUCUUACACGUUAUGCUUUGAAAAUAUGUUACAAAAGGAAGGAAAUGUUCUCUAUAUGCAGUGUGGUUCAAAUUAUUAUGAAUUUGUAGUUUUAUGCCUGCGUUUUAAAGAUAUGCCUCUACUAUAAUACAAUAUAAUCUCUGUUAGGGAGACCAGGCCUACACUUUAAAAAAAAUCAACAACAAAAAAAAUCAAACAUGCAAUUAAGAAUUCCAAAUGUGUGAACUUUAUUCUUUGUUUAUUUGCAUUAGGUAGAUUAUAUUCUGAAAUUCUAAUUAUUUAUUAAAAGCUAUUUAACCACCAUGUUCACAAGCACAACAGGGGAACUUCCGGAGUGUAUAUUUGGAAACAUUUCUCACAAAGAUCACUUUCUACUUUUAUCAUAUAAUUGUAUCCUUUUCUUAAGAAAGUAAUCUGCCUUUAACACAGUGAUCUGGAGGUUAAAGACAAUACCUUUUUGGUAUAAAAAGGUUUUAUAUAGGGUGUAUAAUUUUAUAAAUUGACUAUAUAUGUGCAUUUCCCCUUUUGUAUGAGGUUUUCCAAAAAAAGACAAAGAUGUAUGUGUUGCUGUACUCUGUAAGUAGGGUCAACGGCAGAUGUAAAUGUUUGCUAGAAUACAGUCUCCUGUAAACAAUUAGCAUUUACUUCAGCUGGUCUGUUUCAUUAGCUCGUUUCCAUGAUGUGAGUAAUAUAACUGUAUAUAAGUUGGCCACCAGGAGAAUCUCAUAUUUUCUCUCCCCCUCUCUUUAUUAGAAAAAUCUAGGUGUUUUUUUUUUUUUUGUUUUUUUUUGUUUUUACAUCUCCUCCUUUUUCCACUGUUGGUCACUUCUCACGUGAUCUGGGAAUGAAAUCAACAUUUCAUGGUUGUCCCAUACACAGUAAUCGCCUUUUAUUCAAUUAAACAUUUUUUUAUUUUUUUUGCACCAUGGGUAACUUUGAAUAACUACUCAAAUGAACAUGUUUGUCCAUCACACUAGUAGUUUGCUUGGUUAUACAUCCAUGCAGCGCUUUGAUACUUAUGGAGACUGUAACGGACCGUUUUGCACAUAAGAGGUUAAAAACCGUUUAGGCGAUAUUCCCCUUCCAGAUAGACGAGCAGCUACUGCAAUCACCAAUCUCCCGAACUGCAAACACAUGAAAACUCCAACUCCCGAACAGGAAACACACAAAUGCUGUAAACAGCCGAACAGGAAAAAACAUACGAACAGUUUACACUUUACACUUCGUUUGAGGGUCAAGCAGAACUGAUUUACUGGCACUACCUGCCCGGCUUUUAUGCAGGUCUCCCACCUGGUGGACACUCCCCUAGGGGACCAGAUGGGAAACUGGGACACAAAGAGUAAAAGGACCAAUCACAAGCUUACACAUUUAAACAGAUCCCACAAUGCAUUGCAAUCCCUCCUCUCUGUCCUGGAGAUAAUUGGGAAGUAAUCUAAUUAUCUCCAAUGACAGAGGCAAAACUCCAUUAGCCACAUGUUGGUAAAAAGACAAUUACAGUGUUACAAUCAACAUAUGCCCAGAUAGCUUAGAUCUGAGUGCACUUUAUUACCAGAUGGCGCUCAGAUCACAUACAUACAGUUCAAUCGCCAUGGAGCCAAAGUCUUUCCCAUAGUCUUUCGGUAUACGAAUGGGCUCAAUGGCUUAGCUAUAUGGGGUAACACUGCUCACAUAGGGAAAGACAAGGUUUUUAAUGCAGGUCCAUAGUCCAGCGGCAAGAGGUGGGCAACCAGGCUCCUCCAGUAGCCGGUGGCGAGGUUGGUUCCGCCACAGAGACGAACAACUGUUUUACCUAAAUUUUAAUGAAUUGCAAUUUGUCCAAAACUAAAUGCACUAGUAAUCCCUAAUAGUUCUACAUAUAAACAAUCCUACUUGAAAUAUCUCGCAUUCAGAAUCUAAAAGGCAGAACCACAGGAAGCCUUGCAGUGACUAGUUGAUGAACCAAAGACCAGAAAGCUGUGCUCUGAAUGUCUGCUAUAAGGGUAAUACUCUGUAUAUCUCUUGUGCUUGAUUUCAUCUAAAGUAAAGCACCUCUUGCAAGGGGAAAUUGGGAGGAGGGGCAGGCUUUUGUGAGAGUAGCAUCAGCAUCAACACGGAGAGAAACAGCCAGAAAUAUAUUGCUGCAGCUUUGGGCAGGCAAUUUGAGAAUUAAAGGGAAACUCCAGUGCCAGGAAAACAAUCCGUUUUCCUGGCACUGCAGGUCCCCUCUCCCUCCCACCCCCCAAUCCCCGGUUGCUGAAGGGGUGAAAAUCCCUUCAGUAACUUACAUGUCCCACGUCGCUGCUUCUUCCACCGUUGCUCCUCCUAGUGAUUGCGUCGGCCAGUGGGCAAGACUGAUCCCGCCUACCGGCCGGGGAGUCCUCAUGCGCAUUAGCGCUCCCCAUAGGAAAGCAUUGAAAAUGCAUUUCAAUGCUUUCCUAUGGAGGAAAUGAGCGGCGCUGGAGGUCCUCACACAGCGUGAGGACGUCCAGCGACGCUCUUUCCUGUGAUAUGAUCCAGGAAGUGGAGUUAACCCUGCAAGGUAAUUAUUGCAGUUUAUAAAAAAAAGAGUAGUGGGAGUUAGCACCCAGACCACUCCAAUGGGCAGAAUUGGUCUGGGUGCCUGGAGUGUCCCUUUAAGUGAGAUAACAGAUAUGUUUAAUUGAUACAGAGCCAACAUAAAGUGUUGGGAACUCUUUAACCCAUGGGUCGUCAACCUGGUCCCUACCGCCCACUAGUGGGCGUUUCAGGAUUGCAGGUGGGCGUUAAGGAUUUUCUAAUUUUGAGAGAUUGGGCGGGUGCGAGCCGGCAGUAUCCCUGCGACCCGGUACCGCCAUCACCACUUGCGGCCCGGCCACAUAUGGAGUGGUCCAUUGGGUGGCCCAUGCUGUCAGGGCCACCUGAUGGAUGUGGAUUGUGAGGGGGCCCGGUCAGCGCUGGGCACUUUAACAGCGCGACCGGGCCCCCUGUGAUUACAUCACAGAGCUGGCAGGAAGUGACUGCACGUCACUCCUCCCAGCUAACACACCGACCGCACGGGAGGGAGGAGGAGGGGAGUCAGAGUGGGAACUCUGACUCCCAUCCACCUGAGCCACCACUGGACCCCAAGGAAAGUCACCCUCCUGCACCUAGAAGGUAGGAAACAGGAGGGUGACUAAAAUAUUUUGUGUAUGUGUAUUUGUAUGUAUGUCUUGUGUAUGUAUGUGUCUUUGUAUGUAUGUGUGUGUCUGUGUCUAUAUGUGUGUGUGUGUGUGUGUGUGUGUGUGUAUGUCUGUGAGUCUGUAUGUAUGUGUGUCUUGUGUGUGUGUGUGUGUGUGUGUGUGUGUGUGUGUGUCUGUCAUAGUGGGCUAUAGUAAGUAAUAGUAAGUGGUAUACCUAGCUCAUCCUUCCUACUGAGCAUUGCUAUAAGGAAGAUUAAAAAAUCAAAAAAGGUGGGGAGGGGAAUUGAGGAGGGGAGCUGACGCACAGAUGAGAAAUCAUAUUAUGCGCAAACAGAGAAGUCGUCUGAAUCGAAAGAGGAGACCUUAGUUUGUUCCUUACGAAAAUCGAACCAGAUAUCAAAUAUUUAGUCUUGCAGCAUCAACCUCAAGGAUCUUAUUAAUCACUAGUAAAGGUAAUUUCAAUUAACUUUAUUGUUUUCUCAUUAAACUUUAUAAAGUUAAAAACAUUAUAAACAUGCAUUAAGUAGAAAUAAAAAGAUAAAUGUACGUACAUUUAUUUAUUUAUUUAAAAACCCCUCCUUUCGAAAAAAUAUUCUGCACUUGCGCGAAAACUGAUGGGCGGUAAGGAAAUUCUUUCAACCAAAAAGAUGCAUUAAUGGGCGGUAGUUAGAAAAAGGUUGACUACCACUGCUUUAACCUGUUAUGGGAAGCAAUUUAGUACGUCCCAAACCAUUGUAUGCAGGAGCUACAGCAAGUGUAACACACAGCAUUAAACAGGGGUAACUGAAAUAUAUUAAAAUGAGCUUUUAAUACUAUUAAGGGGAAAAACAUUUAAUUGUAUAACCUGUGUCAAGCCAUAUGAAAACUGCAAAUUUGUCAUCACAGGUUCACUUGAAAAUGCAUUGCCAAGAACAAAAUGCAAAAGCAUAUGUUUAUCAUGACAGGACAGCAUAAUUUGAGAUGUUUUUGUAGCACUAUACAAAAAUUGAGCCCAUCAUGCAAAAUCUUAACUAGAAACUCUUAUUUAGAAAUACUAUGUAACAAUAACAUGGUGGAAGGACAGAUCCUGUAACCGUUUUUCCAAUGCUUUCCAAUAUUUCAGAUAUGAUUUAUUAACUCUAUUAAAUAUAUAUUGAUUAUUUCUGCACAAACAUACACUGCACUGCUGCCACUACACUAUAAACUCUAAAAUAUUAAAAUCAUAACCAAGAUGUGUAAAGGGAUUUAAUAACUGUAUAUUAAUGUUAACUGCUAAUAUUAUGCUAUGAAUUAUUUUGUCUGCUUACAGUUCAUGCUUGAAUUUUUUUAAAAUCUGGGAUUUGUGCAAGUAUUUUUUAUGCAUACUACAAAACGUUGAUUUGAUUUGUAGGCACUUUAUUGAAUGCACCUUCAGUGCAGUUAUUGCACCCAUAUAUUGGGUUUGCUGUCUUAUAUCACAGAACAAUCACAGCACUGCUUGUAAGUGGCCACUUCCUGAUCAUGUUGGUCAAAUGAAGGAUGGUUGUGCAUUAAUGUGUGAAUGUAUGAACUAUUCUUAAGUUGUCUGGUUAGCAGAUAAUGGUGUAUAUGUUCUUUAAUUGCAUUGUUCCUUGGCAUGUUUUGUUGUGAUUUUGAAAUAAGACAGGGAAAAUAGAUUAUCUCCUUAAACACGUGGAUUGACUUUUCUUUAAUGAGAUCCACUUCCACAUGCGCUAAAAUCAAUAAAAAGAUUGCACAUUUAGGUGCUGCUUUUAAAAGAAAAAAAGAAAAAAAAAGCUUUAUCCCCAUACCAUUCUUCACCCUAAAAAAUGUAGAGGGAAACACAUGAAGCAAGACUGAUUUCACUAGUAUGGAUCAAUACAUGACCUCUGGGAUAAGCAGCAGAGAGUGCAGGAUCUGUACCUACAGAGCAAGAUGUUGCAUCUGUAGACUAUAGCAUGAUGGCUUCAAAGCAAUCCUGUCUGCUGAUGAUCCCUGCUGAAGUAUUCCCUAAAUGUCCAUUAUGUAAUCAAGGCAUCGGAGACCAUCAGUAAAUGAGGAAGCCAGAGGUUGCAUUAAUAACGAAAUACAUCAGUGACAAAUCCACUGCACGGAUACUGCGAUACAUUAUUGCAUGAGUAUAGUGGGUGUCAUACCUAUGUGUACAGUGUACUUUUUGGUUUAAAUUGAUUGCAAUAUCUCCCCCCUCACCUGUCCUAACAAAAUGGAUACUUAACUGACUUUAUUAAAAUAAAAAAUGCAAUAAUCUAACUUACUAUAUUUUCCUUCCCCAGAACUGUGCCAUUGGGUCCUGACCAAAUUCUAUUGAGAGGAGCCCAGUUAAGGAAUACACAGUGGGUUCAUGGGAUUGUUGUGUACACCGGACAUGACACAAAACUUAUGCAGGUGGGCAUUUGUAUAUGAUUUUGGUCUCGUUAUUUUUUUCAAUAUGUGUUCUAUUCACACAGCAGCAAAAACAUUUUCUUGUAAUGAUAAUUCUUGGAAGUCUCACUCUAUAUUCCUGUUAAGCUGUUUCUCUAUCAUAUAUGUCAAAUACUAUGCUAUUCUUACGCAGACUUUACAUUUUGCCUUCUGUAUUAAUGUCACACGAUUCCCCAGGUGGCCAAUAAACAUUGAUGCAUACCUUGAGAAUCGUGGGAUAAUUAUGCAUUUCACUUGAAAGGGCUACUAGCCACCUGAAAGUGUAAUGGGUCUGUGUCUUUCUUCUGCUCUAUACUUCUAUCCAGUGAUCCCUGCAGUACUGUUUAGCAGAGGAAGUAACUGCACCUAAAGGUGAUUUUAUUUGUACGCCGCAAUAUUAAGAUAAAUUAUAUUCUAACCAAAAGAACUGUUACACUUAGAUGAUGAUUUUGAGGUUUAUUUUCAUUUAUGGUUUAUCUGUUGACUGUGAAUAAUAUAGCACUAUUGUAGACUUCUGCAAAAAAAGUCCUGAAGUUAGGAUUUAAUUUAAAGAACAUUUUGUACCAGUGUUAAUUACAGAAGCAAGUUUUAAGAGUUUUUUUUUGUUGUUGUUGUUGUUUAUUUAAGAAUUCAACGAGACCUCCUCUCAAGCUGUCAAACGUAGAGCGUAUAACAAACGUGCAGAUAUUGCUGCUCUUUGGCACCCUAAUCACCAUUUCUCUAGUCUGCUCCAUCGGCGCCUCUAUUUGGAAUUCCCGGCAUGAUGAGAAAGACUGGUAUCUCAUAUUAAACUGUAAGAAUAUUACAUGUACUAUCUGUUACGUGCUGGAAAAAAGUUCUAAGGAUAAUAUAUAUGGUCUGCUGUGAUGGGGAAAAAAAUGUUGGAGGAAAUGGGUGCAGGUCACUGGGCUUGUGAUGAUCUUCAUUUCUCCUAAUAUGCAUAAAAUGAAGAAAAACAGAAACUACUUUUCAGUCUGUGCUUAAGGAUAAGAAGUCUCUUAAUUGAAGGGCAGAUUUCAUAGCCGGAGAUGAGGAAAACCUACAGACAGACUGGCAUGUUUGUGCUAUGGACUGAAUGAAGCGAAUCAUGUCAAGCUGCUGUGGGUUUCACUGUUUCCUGAUGUGAAUCCUGCUGUAUUUGCAGGAAUUGAGCAGGAAUUGUAAUGGAAUUGCUGCUGUUUUAUUUUAAAAUGUAAUUAUAAAAUGCAGGACUAAGGUUGAAUAUCAAAAAUUAGAAUAAAUUAUCAGAUUCUGAAAGCACUAAAUGAAAGAUACGGUCUUGCAAAAGAUAAAACUUCUAGUGCUCUGUGUUACUUAUUUCAAUAUUCAAUUCAAUAUUCAAUAUUAUGGAGAUAAAACAUUUGCCAUUAUGCAGGAGAUUGUAUAAUAGUUUAUCUACCAGCGACAUUUCCACUCAUCAUACAGGAUUAAUGAAACUGCUCUGUAGACUAAUAGAAAUCAUUUCAAAACUAUUAGUUUUCACAGAACAGAGCUGCAGUUUGUGGCUUGGUUCUGUACUGAGAGGAAAAUGAGCUCAGUCCUUGUUGUACAUGCCACAAUUACAAAUUGGACCAAAUUGUAUCUUCCUAUCCGGUAAGACAAAUCACCUGGCUAUUUUACAGCACCAAGGUUUUCUCUACUCCACACGGUUUAAAGAGUUUUGUGCAGUUGAGAAGCACUGUACUAGUACUUGGCUGCUGGACUCUUUCUAACCAUCACAGAUUCAGCCGAUUUUCUGAAAAUCAGCUUUUUCCUGCAUACGAUAGCAGUGGAAGCACAUGCACCUCCGCAACACUUAUCACCUGUGUUUGACUUUAACCUCAUCAGCAAUAAUGGAAACAAGCUUAUAAAAAGAAAUUGAAUGUGUCAGCAAGUGUAAGCUGUAUUGUGCAUUUGUAGCUUUCAUUUUAUAUGUAUUACACUUUAGCAUUUUUCUGGUUGAUAUUUUUUUUUUCUUUUAAAAGUAACUUUUGUAAUCUUUUACUUUUUCUUUGUUUGCAUUUUGCAUUAACCCCUUAAGGACACAUGACAGAAAUAUUCCGUCAUGAUUCCCUUUUAUUCCAGAAGUUUAAUGGGCAUCAGCUAUGACCCCAGUUUAACCAUAUAUUCGUUAAAUGUGUCGCAUUAAUUCUUUAAUGGCUGAUAAAGGAUGCUGUCAGUGGUAAUGGGACUUUGGUAUGCCACUUUUUGUGAACUACAGUUUACAUGAUGCUAAACCAGCUGUACAUCAUGGGAAAGGUAAUUCACACAACAGAUAUCUAGUUGGUGAGGUUGUCCAUUCAUGUUCUUCUCCUUCCUUGCAAUUUAGUCUUUAAAGAGCAUAUUCCAGAAAUGGAGUAACUAUCUCAUUUUUAUAGUUGGCUGGUGUCUCUAGGAUUGAUAAACCGGAUGUUCUAUGCUGACAUUCUGUCAUAAAUCACUGCAUGACCGAUUCCUUGCCAAAGCUGUCCUGAUAUAAAGGGAUUAGUCCAUCCAUGUCAUGGAUAGAUAUUGGUCCAAAUUGUGAUGUUUAGAAUAUUGUUAGCCUUAAAGGGCCAAUGUAGGCAUUGUAACUGCUUCAUCUCUUUGCAGUGGCUAUAGUGUGUGGUGCCAUCCUUCCAUUUAAGUUUUUAAUGCGAGAGUCCCCUCUGUGCUGCUUACAUUAGCCUGAGCAGCAAUGGAUGGCUGUUAUUGGUUAAAAGUGUCAGUUGACCACUUUUAGUCUAUCAUGGCACCAAUUAUAGGUAUGAGUUAAUAUGGACAGAAGGUAGAACGUAAUCCCUGCCUUAACCUUACCUCCAGUGGUUGUCAGAUGGUUGUAGAGUUGCCAGGAAACUCUUCGUAUUGGACUGCUGAAAGUGGUUUAACACUGAAUGGAGGGACAGCACUAAGGAACUCCAGGCACUAUAACUAAUUCAAUGAGAUAAAAUUAUUAUAAUACUUAUACUGUCCCUCUUAAAGGGAAUAAGAAGAUGGUUGGUGGAAAUAAAAAGGUAUAUUACAUUGUGUAGCUUGGUUAGUAACAGAAGACACGUUUCCAAAUUUUAAUGCCAAUAGAUCGAAUGCCGUUAUUCGAUAUAGCUUGCUUUAUUCAUUUGACAGUGAUUUUAUUUAUUGCUUGUUAUGUAUCAUACUUUACAAAGUGCCACUCUAGGCCCCAAAAAGGAAUUGUUCCUCUUAAAUACAGUAGUGUUUUCUAGAUUACUCACAAAUAUAAAACAUUUUGAGUACCUAAAAAGACAGGGGAAUCCUAAAGAGUGACUGGCCGUCCAGAAGUAGAACACGUAACAGACAUGAUGUGUCUGUUGGGUAAUUGUUGAUUGUUGCCAACCUAUAUAGAAAUCGUAAUGUAUGAAAUAGGAUUUGCAUAUAAACAUCAGGUAAUGUGGUACUUGAAUUGAGAAAUGAGAGUUAAUCGUAUUGACUGCAUGAAAAUGGCUCAAUUUUAUUAUAAAGACUGAUGCAAAGACUGAAUUAUUGGUAUGUCGUCUUUUAUUUUUUUUAAAUUUAAAAUUUUUUUUUUUUUUUUACAAAAUCCUUCCAUUAAAAUUAUCCGUAGCUCUAAAGAUAUAUUUGAGAGCCUAGUCUUCAGUCUAUAAUAAUUGAAAUGUAGACUGAAUGUCUUACUGCAGAGUGUCUGCUCAUAUAUAAGCAUUGUUUUCUAUGUGUAACAAACCUUUCCCUUUUGUCCGUAAUCUGAACAGAUGGUGGAGCUAACAACUUUGGACUGAAUUUCUUAACAUUUAUCAUACUCUUCAACAACCUCAUACCUAUCAGUUUGCUGGUUACACUGGAAGUUGUGAAAUUUAUCCAAGCAUAUUUCAUAAAUUGGGUGAGAAUUUCAACAAUUUCUCUAUUUUUACAAUAAACUUGAAAAGGAGAAAAAUAUCUGUUAAUCCUUACUCAUAAAGUAGUUAGUAUAUUUAGCAGUCUGCAGCAAAAUGUUCUAAUAAAAUGUAGACAUUUUCAUCCUAAGUGACAUGUUUUAUUUACUACCCAAGGAUGUCGACAUGCAUUAUGAACCAACAGAUACAUCUGCCAUGGCACGCACAUCGAACCUUAAUGAAGAGCUGGGCCAGGUGAGUCUGCAAUUUAUCUGUCAGGAAUACAUACGUAGAGUAAAGCGUGGUGCAAUUAGACAGAUGUUUAUGUGUAGACAACAUAAGAAUAAGCAUUGUGAGUUGUGGAAAUCUGAGACCCUCUAGCAUGGAAUCCCUAUAGCUAAGUGUCAUUUGUAAAUAGAAAGCACAUAUUAAAUGGGAUACUAGGAUAAUGAUUACAUUUUAAAAGCUGUUUUUAAAAAUUAUUUGUCAUUGUCAAUAUAAUAUGUAGCAACAAAUGUGUUUUCAUCAUGUUUUUUUUAUUUUAUUUAUUAAAAUAGUAUAGCCAACCAGAUAUACUGUUAUUACUGAUGAAAAUAAAUUUACCAGAGAUAUUAUCUAUUUUUUUUUUUUUUUAAAUCAACUAUAUAGAACAAUGCCUAUUUAAAGAAGCAUUCCGAGCACCCUAACCACGACAGUGCGCUGUAGUGGUAAUGGUGCCAGGCAUGCCGUGGCUCCCUCACAGGGUAAGUAGUCAAACCUUUUGCAAGUGGUUUGACAAUCUGUCUGGCGGCAGUCAAUCUCCAGUAAAGCUAUCUCAUUGUGUCCGGACUAGCUCAAUGCAGGAGCUCCUGGCUUUUCCGGAGGUGUUGACCAGGGCCAAGUGGACCCCAGGUAAGUUGUCAAACUAUUUGCCAAGCUUUUGACUACUUGCAAUAGAAUGCUAGGGCACUCGUGAUACCAUAACCACUACACCACACUGUAGUGGUUAUGGUGCUUGAAGUGUACCGUUAAUUUUACAAAACUAAUGGAUAUUAAACAGAUACACUUCUAUGUAUAUGUGUAUAAUGUAUGCUUUUCUUUAAAAGGUAAAAUACAUAUUUUCGGACAAGACUGGGACCCUGACCUGCAAUGUCAUGCAGUUUAAGAAGUGCACUAUAGCAGGGAAUGCCUAUGGGUAAGUACUUUUUGCAUACACUUUGUGAGUUUUUCAUUUGUAUCUACAUUCUCACCAGGAACCGCUCCCAGCCUAGUGCUAAACAAGUAAAAAGUGAAUUUACUGGGGAAUAACUUGCCACCCAUACAGAGUGUAGUGCACAACUCAACACUGUCAUCUAGUGGUGAUGAGUGCUGCAAAAAUUACGUGUUCUUCAGGAAAAAAAAACUUUUUUUUUUUUUUUUUUCACUCUGUCUGUUUUAAGGUUUAAGCUGGCCAGAUAACUCCUUUAACCAAAGCAACAUAUUGGUAAUAUCUAAUGCCAGACUGCAUCCUUUGUGACGCUUGAUUUAUAAACUGUUGAAUAGUGUAACUGCAGCUAUGUCAGGAAUUCUCUUUUUUCACUUGCACAAGUCAUGUCUGUUCAUAGAGAGCACUUCCGCAACAGAUAUUUCAUUGUGUGUGUAAGUAACUGCAGGGAAGUAUGAUUUAACUCCCCAGCAAGUACUCUUUCACUGCUGUUUUCACCCACAACUUUGGAAAAUGAACCUAAAAUUGGGAUUGUCAUACUGAAUUCAGUGCUAUUGCAUUCGGUAUAAUGGUGAAUGGAUCAAGCUACGAAAAUAAAAGGCAAUACACAUUGUAGCAUGUUUGUUCUUGGAAAUUAUAGCCUGCCGUCUCCCAUCUUUUCCAUCAAUUAAUUUUACUAGAUGUGUCCAACAUUCCACCUGCAGCUACAUUUCCUAGAUUUCUAUGUAGACCUUAUUAAACGGGAUUAGGGGCUCAGUACAUGAAAUAUUAAGGUCUUUGAUUUCAAUUUUUCCUACUAGCUGUUAUAAUGUCAUUCUAACACUGCUCCAAGUGUACCCGGUUGUAGUUGGAUGGAAGAAGGUGUUUGACUAUGUAUUUGUACAGUUUUAUUGUGAAAACUUUAUUUAUACCUUCAUUUAUUAAUGCUCAACAUUUCCAAAUCGGAAAGCAACUAGAUUAAUUUUUACGAUGCCCUACACUAUUCUUUUCAAUACAUAAACCUCUCUGUGGAAAUUCACAUCCUGUAUUUUCCCUUUGGAGUGUAAUGGAGCUGGGGUUUUCUGAUGCUUGUGUUAGACAUAUUGGCCACAGCAAAUUGUUUCUCUGUCAGGAGAUGCCAGGUUCUGUAAGCUGCCAAUGAUAUGUGAGUAGCUAUGGGACUUGGCUUAUACAUGCUUCUUUCUAAGAAUCCGCAUCCAGCAUCCAGUUACCUUCAGUCUCAAAAGAACAUCCUAGUUUUUUAAUACAAAUUAUGCUGCAGGCCAGUGGUCCCCAACACAUUUGUUCCUUUCUGCAUGUUCAAGAGUGUGGAAGGCACAACACAAUUAACUUAAAGAAACAAUCUGUCUAAACAAUAUUUUUUAACUUAAUAUGUUUCUUCUUUUUUAUUUUACUAUUUGUUUGGCCUUUCUGUUUUUGUAUUUUUUUUUAACAGUUAACAAAAAGCGCCUCCCCCACCCCCUUGUAGACUAAACUAAUUGAUUCUAAGGGACGACACAUUCAAUCAAACUAUACAAAACACUCUUAAUGAAUACUUCUCCCUUAAUAAUAGGCUAAGCAAGUUAUAAGAGCUUCCAAAUCACACACAUAAGAAAAAGUAAAGACAAAUAAGUCAAUGGGACCUGAUGGAAUACACCCAAAGUUAUUAAAAUAGCUUAGUGGUGUACUAGCAAAACCAUUAACAGAUUUAUUUAACCAAUCAUUAACAGGAGUAGUCCCAGAAGAUUGGAAGUUAGCGAAUGUUGUGCCCAUUCACAAGAAAGGUAAUAGGGAGGAGUCUGGCAACUAUAGGCCAGUAAGCCUUACUUCAGUAGUGGGGAAAGUGAUGGAAACCAUGUUAAAGGAUAGGAUUGUUGAACAUCUAAAAACACAUGGAUUUCAAGAUCAGAGACAACAUGGGUUUACUUCAGGGAGAUCAUGCCAAACUAAUCUUAUUGAUUUUUUUGAUUGGGUAACUAAAAUAAUAGAUCAGGGUGGUGCAGUAGACAUUGCUUACCUAGAUUUCAGUAAGGCUUUUGACACUGUUGCACAUAGAAGGCUUAUCAAUAAAUUGCAAUCUUUAAGUUUGGAUUCCAAUAUUGUUGAAUAGGUAAGGCAGUGGCAGAGUGACAGGCAACAGAGGGUUGUAGUCAAAGGAGUAUAUUCGAAACAUGGGCUUGUCACCAGUGGGGUACCUCAGGGUUCUGUACUUGGACCCAUUCUCUUUAAUAUUUGUAUUUGUGAUAUUGCAGAAGGUCUUGAUGGUCUUUUUGCUGAUGAUACUAAGAUAUGUAACAGGCUUGAUGUUCCCAGAGGGAUAAGACAAAUGGCAAAUGAUUUAGGUAUGGUCAGAGUUGUGGCAACUGACAUUAAAUGUGGAUUAGUGCAAGAUAAUGCAUCUUGGACCUAAAAACCCAAGGCCAGAGUACAGAAUAUUUGAUGGUCCUAACCUCAACAUCUGAGGAAAGGGAUUUAGGGGUAAAUAUUUCUGAUGACUUAAAGGUAGGCAGAUCAUGUAAUAGAGCAGCAGGAAAUGCUAGCAGAAUGCUUGAUUGGAAAUAGAGAGGUAUUAGCAGUAGAAAGAGGGAAGUGCUCAUGCCAUUGUACAGAACACUGGUGAGACCUCACUUGGAGUAUUAUACACAGUACUGGAGACCGUAUCUUCAGAAGGAUAUUGAUACUUUAGAGAGAGAUCAGAGAAGGGCUACUAAACUGGUUCAUGGAUUGCAGGAUAAAACUUACAAUGAAAGGUUAAAGGAUCUUAACAUGUAUAGCUUCAAAGGGACAUCUAUAUUGGUGGUAUGGCAGGCCCACAAGUCGGUCAUGCAAGGCAUCUUUCUAAACAGCGCUUCCUACCUAAAAAAAGAAAACAUGGCACUGUUGCGUGACCUCCGAGAUGCAUCUGCAAAACACUACAACCAAUCCACCGACUCUUUACAGACCACCAUUGUCAACCUUACAAAACGCAUUGACACAUGCAUGGAAAAAACCCUGAUAUAUUUGAUUCAAAGAUUGAAGAGUCGAGGGUAUCACCAAAACAAUAUGGACAGGCUCUUGGCCACCAAAUUACAGCAAAAACAAGGGCACACAAAAAUUCCCUACAUAUUAACCAACAGAGGGUCAAAACUCUACAACCCUCAAGACAUAGCUGACGAGUUAGCAAAAUACUAUACACUACUAAUAUAACUUAAAAGAGGACACUACCUUGCACCAACUCACAAACACGGACAUAGAUCGAUUUUUUUUUUUUUUUUUUGCAAAAAAUCUAAUUGUCUACCCUUUCCCAAACUCAAACACAGAUUUCAAGCUCCAAUAACAGAACAAGAAAUAAUUAGCACAAUACUGGCACUCCCCCCAGGGAAGUCACCAGGACUAGACUUUUUCCCAAGUAUAUAUUCUAAAACAUACGCGAACACAUUAGCCCCACAACUCUUAAAAACCUUCAUGACUAUGCUCACACAGGAGACCACACCGGAAGACAUGCUCAUGGCACACAUCACCACACUCCCUAAACCGGGGAAGGUCCCAAACAAAGGGCAAAACCUGCGCCCCAUCUCCUUGUUAAACACGGACACAAAAGUAUUUGCAAAAAUAUAUGCAAAUAGGCUAUCCAUUAUACUCCCAGCGAUCAUCCAUGAUGAUAAAGUCGGUUUCGUGCGAGAAAGACAAGGGACUGAUGGCACGCAAAAGGAGCUGGACUUGAUGCGGGUAAGGGGGCACAGAGCUUUUCUCUCCCUAGAUGUGGAAAAAGCAUUUUAUAGACUGCAGUGGCCCUUCCUCCUCGUGGUGCUGGAAAAAUAUGGCUUCCCGGGAGAAUUUGUGUCAGCGGUGUGGACCUUAUAUAGUAACCCUGUUGCCAAAGUAGCAGGGUGAGGUUUUACCUCUUCUCCCUUUUAUAUCUCAAUUGGCUCUAGACAGGGCUGCCAGCUUUUGCCUUUAUUGUAUGUAUUGGCGCUAGAACCACUCACGACACUCAUUAGAAAUAACCCUAACAUCCAUGGCAUACAAGUUAAUGACACUGAAUACAAAUUUACAUUAACGCAACCACACACCUCAAUACCAACAUUCACUGGAAUACUGCAGGAAUACAGCAGAUGUUCCUAUUACAAACUCAAUGUAACUAAAACACAAGCUAUGGGCAUCAAUAUACGAAGACAACUAUUGCAACGCCUAAAAUCCCAACACUUGUUUUAUUGGAGAUCAGACCAACUAACAUUUCUGGGGGUGGCCUUCACUUCCAAUAUUCAACAUAUCUAUAAAGCAAACCAUAUACAGUUAUUGAAAUAGAUUAAAACACUACACAAUCGGCCAUAAAAACUAUAGUGGUCUCCAAAUUCCAAUACCUAUUCUGCACAUUGCUCAUCCACCUCCUGCACUCCUGUUUUAAGGAAGCACAUCGGUUGCUCAACCAAUGUAUUUGGGCAUACAAAACUCCUAGAGUAACAGCAACCACGCUCUACCAAAAAACUGCUGAUGGAGGGAUGAACGCACCAAAUUUACACAUAUAUUACCAAGCAGCUAUCAUCAAUAGAAUAGUACCAGCCCAAACUCGAAACAAACCACCCCAAUGGGUGACAUUAGUGACUGGGGCAUAGACAUUGCACCUGCAGCCUCCUGCAGGUGAUGCAAAAAAACACACUGUUAUCUAUGAUAUGGCUACCCAAACACGUCGGGCCCAAAAGACUAACAAUGUUUCCUACCACAGAAAUGACCAUUCAUGUGUGGGAUUGGAACAGACAUAAAUGCUGCUCGGAAAGCCCAUACUCAAGAGCUAUGCCCAUCUCAACCCUAAACUCAGUAAUAACAGAUUUCAACUACUAAAUCUGGGAACGCCACGAUAUACACUUUAUUCACCAAUUCGGGAUUUCGGGAUGGCCAAACACUACUCUUCCCAGACAAACAACACUCCCUUCGGUGGCGCAAUUCUCGUAUUUACAAAUAAAUUCCUGGAUAAAAAAAACAAAAUGCUUGGACCAAUGAAAAUGUACAUGAGCACUGGCUGACGAGCUUUAAAAGAAUAAUGCUUAAAAUUACACCAGCAGUUAAGACGAUCUCAAUACUAUAUGCCAGCAUACUGAUAUAUGAUAUUAUCAGAUACCUCUUUGUUAUAGCAUGGGAAAAAGACCUUGGUUUGACAUUCGGGGAAAAAACAUGGCGAGAGAUAUUCAUAACCCCUAAACAACUUGCACUUGGCACAACACAUACGGAACUAUCAAGGAAAAUCCGGUACUGCUGGUACUUAGUGCCAAAGCGCCUCAAACCAAUUUAUCCCAACACAUAUGAUCACUGCUGGAGGUGCACAUUAGGAACGGGCACCAGGCUCCAUAUCUGGUGGGAAUGCCCAAAACUAACAACAUACUGAAAGAAAUGGCUAACCUAAUUCAUGGUAGCACGGAAACUACCCUACCUAUAACACCCGACUGUUUGCUGCUCCACAACUACCCAUCUAACUUACCCAAAGCGAAAAAGUAUCUCAUUUACCAAAUUAACAUCACAGCGCUGGCUAUGAUAAGCAAAACAUGGCGAAGCCCCGAGGCACCGACCAUAAAGCAAUGUAUAAACCUUAUUGAAACAACACAACAUUAUGAAUCCUUAUGUAGGGCAGCCCUCCCCACCAAAGCUAAAUUCUGGAGUGAUGCCUGGCACAUGUGGAAUACAUUUAGAGAAAGUUAUCCCCAAGACUGAUUAAAGUAACAUAACUCGAAGUCUCGUCAGCCGAGUACAUAAUGAUUCAAAAUGAUGUAUGAUGACUCAAGAUGAUCCACUAUUGGAUGGAGUGGUACACCGCGACUCUUGAAAAGUUUAAACCAACUAACUGAACUCCAACCUGUCAAGUAAAGUACUAUCUAAUGCUCUCCCCCAACCCUCCUCCACUGUUCCCCUAAAUCUAUCCAUUAUAAAAAAUGUUCGUACCGUUACACAGAUAUCUUUAUAUAGACCAACACUUCUACCAGUUACUACUCUAUAUUAUGUACAAAAUAUACAACUUGUAUUACAAAGUGCGUGUUGUGAACAUGAAAAUUGCAUAAUAAAAAAAAAAAAAGCAGCCCAAUUAUUUGCCAUCCUACAGUGAAGUCAUCAUGCUUGAUAAUUUUUGUCUAGAGUAGCAUUGAGAACACACGGUUCAUACAUGGUAAUCUCCACAAUGCAUGGGUCCAGUGAUUCUCUGAGAAACAGUGAAUCCACACUGCGUACAUCUUUGUACUUUGCAUGCUGACGUUUGAUGACAAAUAGAUUAAAUUGCGGUUUGUGUCAGAAUCCCUUAGUGGGCGUCUGACCGUCACGAAUAGGUUUGCACAUACACCACUGUUUUCCUUUGUGAGGAUGCAGGUGCAAUGUCUAUGCCCCAGUCACGAAAUGAAGAUCAAGUGAUAUUGGCUCUUGGCACAUUGAAUGAUCUGGUUUCUGAAUAUUUGAAUUUGAAAACAUUUUUAAUGUGGAAAAUGUUUCAAACUAACCAAAUGAUAUACUAGAAUGUUUUUUGUUUUUUUUUCUCCUCCUUGGCUCAUUCAUUUUAUCUUCAAACCUUUGAUCUGUAUUUUUUUAUAUUCUUCUCAACUAGCCCAUAUUUAUUACUGCUACUUUUCGCUUACCCUUUCACCAUGUAUUCUCUCUUCUGCCUCUUUCCCAUAUUCUACGUAGUCACUGUCCAGAGCCAGAAGAGUAUAGGUACUCAGAAGAUAGUUGGUAAGCAUAUCUGGUUCCAUAUUUUUUCAGGGAAUGGGGUGUCAUCUUUUUGUAUUGUGGACAGUGUGCCUGAUGCAGUAAUGAUUCAAUGAAACUCCAAAUCUGGAAUAGAAGCAGAGUGUAAUAUUGAUAUGAUUGUGGUCAGCAAAGGCAAAUGACUACUUCUUGUAAAUUGCAUCUUCAGUCAGUUGGGAACAAAUGCCAAAAUUCCUCAUUAAGCAUAAAAGAAAAAAAAAAUAUCUAAUUCUCUUGAGGCUGCUGCUUAAGUAAAUGGCACAGUGGUUUCUGUACUGUAGAAUGUGUUCCCACUGACUUUUAAGAUUUAAUUACCUCCACCCAACCUGGGGGUUCUCUUGCGUAUAAGUGAAAUCACUCUGGCUAAGUGAGAAGUGAUGUCAUCUUGUGGCUCUCCACAAUCCUCAGUGAUGCUAAUGCUCCCACUGUGCAUGAGGUAGCAGCAUAGAGGUAAACAUUGGCACGGGUAUAAAAGAUUACAUUGUAGUUAUCAUGUGCUCUGUACUAAUGGCUUGUUUUCAAUGUUUCUGCAAUUUUUUUAGAGUAUUUUUUUCCUGGCCAAGCAGUACUCCCUAAAAUGCCUGCUGUUACUUUUAGCUAGUAGCAUACAACUGCUGCAAAAUGUCACCAGUUGCAACAGGAAAUUGCCAGACGCAACUACCUUUAUUAUCUAUGGGAACUGCUAUCCACUACGACUGAUUUACAGCUGUCACUUUUUACCUACUGCUGCUAACCUUGAGAACUUAGCACCAGUUUCCUGCCUGGUACAAAGUUAAGUCCCCGUAGAUCUUAUAGGAAAAAAUACACGUAUGCUAUAUGUUGCACCGCUAACUAGUAUGCUUUCUUCUCAAAGUGUGGCCUGCCUUGUGUCAAGGGCUUAUGUAUAAUUAAUGGUGCAAUUUAGAACAGUACUUGUGUGUAAAUGUCUGACCUGUAGAAGGAGACCAUGCAGUCUUUGAUUUUAAUACGAUAUUUUUGUUGAAAAGUCCUCUGCAGAGGUGAGAAGUCCCAAGCUUUAAUCUGUCAAUACAUCAAAGAAAUUUACUUUUAGUUUUGGUUGGCUAAUAGGGUUCUAAAAAGACACAUCAGCACUUACCAGCAAAAUAUGUUUUAAUACAUGGCAUACACAGAGCUUUCAGAUCUGAAUUCAAACACUAGGAUAAGACUGGAGGUCUGACCGGUGAAUGGGCUUGUUCUGGAACAGUUUGUCAUGUCACAUCAAUAGUAAUUGAUAUUUUUAAAAUCAGCCUAGGACAAUACCAAGGUAUUUUUGUUUACACAAACGUGUUUAGCUUAAAUGCAAUAUAAAUCUGUAAUGCACUUAUACACCACAAACAUUGAGUCUCUGAAAAAGCCAAAUACCAGGGUAGAAGAACAAAAUGUGGAUUUGGGUCCCAAAGAAACAGUCGAUCGAGCGCCCUUCUGGAGGAGGCCUAUUUAUCCUAUUCGAGAUGUACCGCUGUCUCCUCGUCUAGUAUUUCAGCUGUUAGACUAAAGUUGCAUGUAAAAUACUUAUACCCAAGCAUUACUAGUAUUGGGAGACAGGUAACUGGUACAUAUAUAGGGCUGCAUAUAAAAUAGAAAAAGAACUUCUACAGGUAUACAUGUAAACCAUUCAGAAAUGUGUGAGAUAAAGAACAAGCAUAUGUAUGUCAUAUUAUUAGGCGCUCUAGAUCUUCAUAUUUGUCAGUCAUUAAGUAUUGUUACUUGCUGCUCAAUCAAGUUUUUCCACUUCACUUUAUUCCUUAGGCAUGAUUUACAGAAAGAAGAAGAAAAUGUGGGCUUCAAUGAUGCUGCUUUAUUAGAAAAUCUGGAAAACAAUCAUGUAAGAUACAAUCUAUUCCCUCCAAACCAUUUUAUGUAUUCUACUGUAUCUUGGUAUUCUAUUUUUUUGGGGGGUGAAGAUUUUAGGAGUUAAAUCACUUUUGUUUCUGUUUAUGCAGCCCUGGUCACACCUCCCCUGGCUAUAAUUGACACAGCCUGCAUGAUGGUACAUAUUUUAUAGUUCAAUUAACAGAGCAGGAGAUAAACUUUUAAUCGCACAUAGGAGUCUCCUGUAGGGUCUUGCAAAAAAAUUGGCAGAGCAGAAGAAAAAUAUGUUCUCAAUUAAACAGAAUUUGCAAUAUAGGAAGCAUAAACAUUAGCUGACUCUUUACAGGAGUAAAGUGUUUAGGCUGUCUGUGUAAGUCACAUGCAGGGAGAUGUGACUAGGGCUCCAGAAACAAAAUGAUUUAACUAUUACAUGACAGAGAAUUGAGCAGCGAAACUGCAGGGGCAUUAUCUAUACACCAAAACUGUUUAAGCUAAGGUUGUUUUGGUGACUACAGUGGCCCUUUAAAUUUGAAAUUCACUUUGAAUUUACCUUAAUCAUGUAAAUGUGGAAUUUGCAUGCAUAAAUCACAGCAUUGCCGAUUUUAGGUUGGAAACUGCGAAUUUGGAGAAUGUUUCCAAUUUGUCUGGUGUUUUUAUUUAAUUUUUUCCUUCUAAAAUAAGCAAAAUACUUUGUCUAUUCCCAACAUUUUUCUGAUUAGUGGGUAACCCUGACUGGGUUCUAUAUUUCUACAACUUGCUGUAGUGUGCAGGAUUACCACAAACUGUCCAUGUAGAAUUAUUGGAACAUGGCUCCGAGAUAGGUGGAAAUGCCCACUACACAGUUAAUACAGAGAAUGUAUAUGUUUUGCUUGUCUCCUCUGCAUAAUUAAAUCUAAUAACAUUUUAGGCCUUAAAAAAGAAAAUCUAUCAAAGCAGAAAGUGAGUGUUCCUCUUGAAUACAUUGUAGGAAUAUUUAAAUGGACACUCCAAACCCCUAAAGCACAUUAGCUUGCUCGAGUGCUUAUUGUGUAAAGUGUUUUUUUUUUUUUUGUUUUUUGUUUUUUUACAAUAAGUGCAGAUUUUAAAAGAUAUUGAAGUUUAUUUUUUAUUUUUUAAACUACCCCACCAGCUGACAAUCAUACAACCAGUCCUGUUACUUCCUGGUUCUUUAGCUAGGUAGAGCUAAACGCAAUUGCUCAGAGCACCUGCCUUGCACAGACUUCUCAUUGAACUGCAUGGGGAACGCUGUUAUUGGACAGCCACAUAAAGCCUGGGCUGGGGAAGAAGGGGAGGUCUUGCACAGGCUACUGGCAAGAGAAUUGCAUCUUUUGCAAGCUGUUUUUAGAUAUACCCUAAAAACACAUGCCUACAUUUAAUCAUGCUUUUUUUUCCACUGGGGGUAUAUCUACUAAAAGUGAUUAUUUACACAUUUAAGGCUGAAAUACCUAUUGAAAUGACAUUGGAGAGAUUUUUUUUCUUGCCUUACAAAGCCAUUCAGCUAUUGAGCAUCUGCGUAUUGACUUAUUCUCUUUCCCAAUCUAUUUAGACAACCAUAUCAGCAUGCUAUGCUAUAUUAAUUUUUAUGUUACAAUCUUUUUUUUUUUUCUUUCAUAAUUGAUGUUUCAGUCCAUUUAUUUAUACAGUGCUUGGACUUUCAUAUUGCUACUUAUUCACAAAUCUAAAGUGCUGCAUACAAAUUCCAAAUGGGUAACUUGGGUUUGAACCACAAGCACAACAGAGCAUAUGUGCCUUAUACAAAUUAAAUUGGACACACAGGGAUAAGUAAUUUAAUGUUCGUUAGGGCACUGUAAUUGUUAUAAAGCAUACCUCUGGGCCAGUAGCUUUACACCUGGGAUUGUUCCUAGCAGCUAAGCAGUAUGUUAUAUAAUUAGAAGCAUUAUUUAAUCAAUGAGCAAACAAGAUGACCGUGCCGUCUUGUUAAUGCUAGCUUGAAAGACAGAAAAAUAAAUAUUGUAUAUUACAUUUUGUUUGUAAUGGCAUGCACAACAUAGUUUGCAAUCUAGUCUAAAAUAAACAAUAGCAAUUUACAAUAUUUAUGAUAAAUAAUGUUCUAACAAAUCUGGUUUGGUUGUUGUUUAUUUGAAAUUCAGUUAAAUGAAUAAAAAACACUUUCCCCUAAUUAAAUAAAUAUUCUGUGUAAACACAACAUGUCAUGAUACAAUUUGUAUAUGGUAAUGUAAAAAUAAACAUUGUGUAAAAAGUAAAUCUAUAGAUAAUACACACACCACACAUGUCUUCAAAUGUCAAAUGUAAAGCUUUUUUGGGAGGCUUACAACUUGGUUAUCUCAAACAUACAACUUUGUCUCAUGGCGUGUCGAAAUGGUGAGUGCAAAAAGAGGUUUCCAUGGAGUUAGUGUUUUUGAACAAACUGGUCAUUUUUCAAUGAGCAGCAGGAAAUGCUAGCAGAAUGCUUGGUUGUAUAGGGAGAGGUAUUAGCAGUAGAAAGAGGGAAGUGCUCAUGCCAUUGUACAGAACACUGGUGAGACCUCACUUGGAGUAUUGUACACAGUACUGGAGACCGUAUCUUCAGAAGGAUAUGGAUACUUUAGAGAGAGUUUAGAAAAGGGCCACUAAGCUGGUUUAUGGAUUGCGGGAUAAAACUUACCAGGAAAGGUUAAAGGAUCUUAACAUGUAUAGCUUGGAGGAAAGACGAGACAGGGGGGAUAUGAUAGAAACAUUUAAAUACAUAAAGGGAAUCAACACAGUAAAGGAGGAGACUAUAUUUAAAAGAAGAAAAACUACCACAACAAGAAGACAUAGUCUUAAAUUAGAGGGACAAAUGUUUUAAAAUAAUAUCAGGAAGUAUUACUUUACUGAGAGGGUAGUGGAUGCAUGGAAUAGCCUUCCAGCUGAAGUGGUAGAGGUUAACACAGUAAAGGAGUUUAAGCAUGCGUGGGAUAGGCAUAAGGCUAUCCUAACUAUAAGAUAAGGCCAGGGACUAAUGAAAGUAUUUAGAAAAUUGGGCAGACUAGAUGGGCCGAAUGGUUCUUAUCUGCCGUCACAUUCUAUGUUUCAAUAAAGUUUGCAUUUUGGAUAUAUCCUGUGUGUGCUCAGUCUUUACUUCUUUGUGUGCUAGCAGAGUUACCCCUCUGGAAUACAGAAUUGUCUAAAAGGGUAGCCAAUGCAAGCUUUCACAUUAUUGUGUGUGUGUGUGUUUUCCCCUAAAUCACCUUGAAAUGCUUUAUAUGUAAAUAGUUUUCUUUGUUUUUAGCCAACUGCACCAGUGAUCUGCGAGUUUCUCACAAUGAUGGCAGUAUGUCAUACUGCAGUGCCUGAACGGGAAGGCGACCAGAUCAUCUAUCAAGCAUCUUCACCAGGUAAAACUAUACUUGGUUAACUGCAACAUAAGUCUGUCUGCAGUAUUAGGAAUUAGUGUACAGAAAUUAGCGACUUAAAGGAACCGUAUAGUGUCAGGAACACAAACCUGUAUUCCCGACACUGUAGUAUUAUGCUAUUUAGGUCUCUGCCCCCAUCCUUUCUCAGUAAAAAGAUUUUUUAACUUGAUGAUCUCAGCAUAUCCAAUUCUUUCUCAUAGAAUUAGCUGCCCUAAUCAGUAUCUCUACAUAGAGAUGAAUUAAGUCUGUGCGUCUCUAUGGGCAAUGUACAGCCACUCCAAGCAGACUGUGGAGACACUAAAUGCCAUAGCUGCACAAUGAAGACUAACACAAGAAGCACUUCUAGUGGCCAUCUGAGUGUUCCUAGGCAGCAAUGUAAACGUUGCCUUUUCUCUGAAAAGACCCUGUUUACAUUAAAAACCCUGCAGGGACAUGCUGUAGACACCAGAACCACACCAUUAAGUUGUAGUGGUUCUGGUGACUAUAGUGUCUCUUUAACCCCUUAAGGACACAUGACAUGUCAUGAUUCCCUUUUAUUCCAGAACUUUGGUCCUUAAGAGGUUAAUCACAUACCAUUAGUGUUUCUAUAUAUCAAUUAUGUAGAAUAUGUAAAUGCAGACAUUGAUUUACCUUUGACCUGUAGACCUGAACAGUCCUUACGUUUGUAUAUUUUUAAAAAUGCCAAAGAUAGCAUUACUUUGAAUAUAUUACUCUGAAUUAUCUUUAAUCCUGAGAGAUUUUUAUUUUUUUGUUUGUUUGAUGAUAACCUGUAGAAAAUGCAUAUUUUUUUUUUUUUUUUUUUUAUUGUGCAAUGAAAAUUGUUCCUCUUUACAUAUGAAAGGAACUGCUAAAUACAGAAUUAUGGAGCAUUGCCCUACUGAGCAACUUGAUUCCAUGGGAUCAGUUAAGAUAAAUUAAGCUGACCUGAUGUUAGACAGACUUGUCUUGUUGUUGACACAUGACCUACCCAGAACCCUUCCAUCAGACUCUCCCAAAACCCUAAUCUAUAAAUAAAACACCUGAGUGUUCUCAAUUGUGCACUAUGAAUAAACUACUACUAGAAUUACCAAGAUAAGACCAUUAUUUUAAAGUCAAAUAACUUAAUGAAUUGUAAUGCCUUUGUGAAUUCCAAAGUUUGUCAGUUAGCAUUAAUGAAUGUGUUUCUAUUGUUUAUUUCUUUGUACAGAUGAAGCAGCUCUGGUACGAGCGGCGCGGGAUCUGCGUUUCUGUUUUACUGGCAGAACACCAGAUACUGUUAUAAUAGAAUCUGUAAGUAUGUUGAUCGAUAAUUUUUUUUUUUUUUCAGUUUUCAUAUAAAUGUUUAUAUAAAUAUGCAUGCUGAUAUUCAAGGAAACAAUAACUUUUUGUGUUUGGUAAAUGUAUAUCUGCUAAUACCGCUUUGGGUCGACAGUCAACCCAUAGCUGUAUAAACUGAAAACUUUUUAUACAUUCUCUUAGACAUGUUUUAUUUAUUUAACCCUGGAACUGGAUUUCAUGGGUUUUGCAAAAUACUCUAUAAAAUUCAAUACAUUUAAUAAUACAGGAAACCACAAGAGGUCACUAAUUCACAAAAUCAUGUAACCAAAUUUUAAAGAAAAUUUUUUUUUUUAAUAUAUAUAUAUAUAUAGCAAACAGAUUUACUGUAGUUUGUGUAAUACUUUUUUUUUUUAUUAUUACUUUGUUAUGUGCUUCCUUUGGGAUUCAAGUGAAGUGCUUUUUCUGUAUUGCUGGGAUGCUGCUUUUUUAGGUUUACUGUAGAGUUUAUUCACUAAGCAGUGAAAUUAAGAAUUGCAGAAUUAGACAAUUUUCCAAUUUAGCUGUUCAUUGUAAUGAACAUUGAAAAAAUAAAGUUGGCAUUCAUUAAACCAUACAUUGUAUGUGCAGAGGUACUGUACACAAACUUACUAGCCUGAUGGUACUCUGCCAGUGAUAGAUUUAACUGCUGCAUUUGCAAGUCUAAAACUAUCUAAGGUUGUAGAGAUUGAAUGAAAAAACCUAUGCAGUAAGAACAGCACGAUAGCUGCCCUCUUGUGAGUGUGGUAUUUUUGAUUUUUUACAACUUUAAAAUUUUAAAUAUUCUAAUUAUACUGUCGUCCACAAGAGGUCACUAAUUUCAAAGUAAGCAAAAAAAAAAUAAAACAAGCACAACUGUUUCAAACUUGUUUACUUAACGUUAUGUAUAAUGCAAUGUUAUUUUAUGUACUUUGUGUCCUAGGUUAUAUUUGCUAUUCAUAACCACCAGUAAAGCUAAUAAUUGUAAUGUUUGAUCCAGGAGUUUAAAAGUUAAAUUGCCAAGGUGUUUGGUUUAUGGGGUUUAGAUGGAGGUCAGGUUUUCUUUUGUUGUGAAUCAAUGAAACUCCACUAGUUCUAAUGGAUUCCCUGCCAAUGGUGUAAAAUUGUUACUUUUUAUUUUGUAAUAGUGUCUGACAUGUUAAAUACUGUAUUGUGACAAUGUUUCAUUUUGUUUAAUCAUUUAGUUUGAACAUGGUUUUAUGCUAUUGAUUUUUCUUUUAAGCUUGGUAAAGAAGAACGAUUUGAGUUGCUAAAUGUGCUGGAAUUUACAAGGUAAGUUAUAAUAAUAUGACCAAAUAAUAUUUUUUGAAGAUCUGUGUAGACAUUUUAGCUUUAAAAAGCUGUUAGAGCAGUCCAAUUGUUAACCAUGUGUCUGAAUACUGGCGAACCUGUGUUAAGUUAUUCUUUUUUUUGCAGUAAUCGAAAACGUAUGUCUGUGAUCGUUCGUAAUUCAUCAGGGAAAUUGAGAUUGUACUGCAAAGGAGCUGUAAGUAAACUACGAUACACAGCAACUCAGUCUUCCAUAAACAUUGUCUGUUCAUGUUUGCAUACAUUUUUUUGCUUGCUAAUCUGCUUGCUCUGUUGGCUGCUUGCAUUCAUGGAUGUUCUGUACUCUGAAGAAAAAAUAAUUUAUUGUAAUUUAAAAAAAAAAAAAGUCUCCAGGUAUGUUUUCGGUGCCAUUUGGAAGUUAACAUGUUUAUGACUGCCAUGACUGUAAGAGCUUUUGUCAUUUAUACUACUAGAUGAAUACAUUAGUGGAGACAGAUAUACAGUGCUGAAAAUUUAUCAAAAUGUUCUGUUCCAAAAAAAAAUUGUCUAUGGAACUAAAAGUGGGAUAAUCACCAGGGGAACCAGCAGGGACAUUCCAUUGGUGUUUCCUUUUUACAUGUUCGCACCACUUUUUAGAAAUGUGUCCCAGACACAAUUCCAUAUUGUCAUAGAUCUUGUUUGUUUUAGAUUUGCUGUGAGAAUACGUCUCAUACUAAGACGGCAGCCUGUGUCUUUGUGCAGAGACAUUAUCAUGUGCUUUUUCCUAGAGAUGGCAAACUUUAUAGUAAAAUGUUAUGAAAUAUUACGUGUUCUACUCCGAUUUUAUACCCGGGUCUUAAUGAACUCAGACUGGCAUAAGCCUCCAUUCUCCCCCAGAUCCCUGUCUGGAGGAUUAUGUAUGACUUCUCCUGUGUGCCAAGAAGAUUGAUUUAACUUCAGUUACUACCUCUCUUUAAUGAGAAGUGAAAAUAACAGACUUCAAAGUUUGACUUCACCAUAUCAUGCUGCCAUUUGCUGAAUUCAAAAUUCUAUUUGUCAUUUGUUUUUAAUUUUUUUUCUGGUUCUUAAAGGAUACGGUCAUUUACGAUCGCUUGGCUGAAACAUCCAAGUAUAAAGAAAUUACCUUAAAACAUUUGGAGCAGUUUGCUACAGAAGGUGAGACCUGUUAAAAUCUCAUCUUAUGUGUUGAAGACAUGCUUUUAUAUUUUGAUUUAAACAAGUUCCUGAUCAUUGAGUGUGUGUGUGGGUUUGGGAAUAGGUUACACUUGCUCUCCUCAGCAUAGAUCUGUUUUUAAAUGUGUGAUAUUCUCCUUGACAGCAAAUCUCUUUUCAUGAGAUUAGGGACCUUUACUGAUUGAAAGUAUUUGCUCAGGGCAACAUUUAUUUGAAAAGUGUCUUCGAAGGCUUGUCAGGAUGUACUAAGGCUUCAAGUGCAUUAUUGAUAUUACAUAUUCAUAUAAUAUAUUGAUAAAGGGAAUUCUUUCCUUUGGAUUCUCUGAGCUUUCACCCUACUCCCAAUGUGUUCUUUAAAAUUCGCUUAUGGGUUUUAAACUCACAUUGCUUCUCUAUCAGUGUUAUAAAUGGUGUGCAGCAACAGCUAUUUCUAAAUGGUUUUAUUUCAAUUGCAGCUAUAUCACAGGCUGUUACAACAUUCCUAUAAUUUGGAUACUCUGUUUAAGGCGAUACCUGAUAACAUUUGCUGCAGAUAACCUUUUUUUUUUUUUUGCUGUGAUAGCUUAUAAAUAGAAAACUUUAAUAUUUUAUUGUAUAUAUCAUAAUUUUAAUAUUCAGACCAAUAAGUUAUAUUUUAAUUAUUCAUUAAACAAUUUACUAAGAAACUUUUAUUUAUUUAUUUUUUUCUUCAGUCUUCAAGCAUUUGGUUACCACCCUCCUAUGUUUCUUAGCCAUUGUAUAAUUAGCUUGAUGUUCUUUGAUGCAAAUGUUAAAUCAUAGCCUUUCAGAGGUACCAACAAUAAAUAUUCCUUCUCCUGAAAGAUAAAGUAGCAUACACAGUUGCUAGACCAUGUUUAUGGAGUCGACGCUUAUGGUUAUAAACAGACAUGCUAUGUGUUAAAAAGCCUUGUUCCUAAAUACCAUGGGAAUAUUCUGAUUGUUCUCCAACUCAGAUUGUCAAUUGUCAUAAGCCAAAUGUAUGUGUCUAUAUAAUGUAUACAGAGUGGUAUAUGUGCACAACAAACAUGUUAAACAUUAAAUUACAACCUACGUCAUUUUGGGUGAAAUACUUCUGAUAUGUUUCUAUCAAAAAAAGUAUUUGAUUUCACCUAUCUAGGCAAAUUUACAAAAUUAUCCUUUGCUCCUUCUAAAAAUCCGGAUCUAUGUCCUUUAUGGUACAGAACAGCCUUUUCAUACAAUACAUCAUGUCACCUCUAUUUGUUCUACUUGCAUAAAAUCCACAAAUAAAAAGAUAAACAUGUGAAGUUGGAAUUGAUCCAUUCUUUUUGCCCCAUUUUAUAUAUUCAAAAACACCAUAUAUAAAUAAUAGACCAAACUAUUUGAAAACUGUUGCAUUUGCAAGCACACUACCAUACGUUUGUCUGCAUUGAACUCUGCCAUCACCAGGAAGUAGUUUGACCAUUCGUACGCCUCUGGUUCUGGUCUGUGCGGUCUGUACUGUUGGAUAUGUUUAAACCAAUCCAAGGGUCAAAGUGCAGCUCAUAAUUCAGGCAAAUAGGCAAAAUGCAGAAAAGUUGGUUUUGUGCCUGGAGUCUCCCUUUCACAUUAAUGUUUGCUCCUUUUUUUACCCCCAGGUUUAAGAACCCUCUGCUUUGCUGUAGCAGCGAUUCCAGAUAGUGUAUACGAAGAAUGGCUGGACGUAUAUCACAGAGCGUCUACCUCCAUACAAAACAGAACUCUGAAACUGGAGGAGUGCUAUGAACUGAUAGAGAAAGUGAGUUACCCUUUCUAUGCUUAA